AUGCUUGACAGCGUCCUCCCCUCGCUCAGCGAAAUCACUUGUGCGUUCUGGAUGAAAUCGGCAGACACUACUAAUUAUGGGACUCCCAUCUCUUACGCGGUGGAAAAUGGAAGUGACAAUGCCUUUCUGCUUACAGAUUACAACGGGUAGGUGUGAAGUUGAAAACAGUGCUGUGUUACCCUCUAGAUGAAUUUCAGUAUUCUUGGGGACCACGUAAUUCUCCAUGGGCAGAGCUGUAAUUUGCUGCACACACAACCUUGAAAAUUUCUCAGGUAAUCAGGCUCUCUAGUGAAGCAGUUUCCCCUAAAUACAAAGCAUUUUUGUAUACAUGCUUUACCCUAAUAUAUGCUUUUUAAAAAUACACAUUACUUGGCUGGACAACUGCAGAGGUGUGCAUUUCAAAGGAUGGCUGUGUUUCAUUUUGCAAAUUAUUUCAGAAAGCGCAAAUUUUGAAGGUUCACCUUUAAAUCAAUUUUUUUCCUUAUCCCUGGGCAAAGAUGAAUCAUUUUCUUCGUUCUCUCUCUUAAUUAGGUGGGUUCUUUAUGUGAAUGGUAAGGAGAGUAUUACAGACUGCCCUUCUGUGAACGAUGGUAAUUGGCAUCACAUUGCUGUCACCUGGUCAAGCCUUGAUGGAGCUUGGAGAGUGUAUAUCGAUGGGAAAUUAUCCGAUGGAGGCAGUGGUUUAUCUGUAGGAUCAGAAAUCCCUGGUAUGGACCUUUCCAUAUUUAUUUGAUUAUAUUACUUAACAAUGAUGCAUAUUGAUUGAGAGGGGUUUUUAUGCUUUUCAAUUACAGCACAGAAGGUGGGACCCAAUUCAGUUAUCUUCUUGUUCUGUUUUCCUUUUGUGAAUAGGUGGGGGUGCGUUAGUUCUUGGACAGGAGCAGGACCAAAGAGGAGAAGGAUUUAAUCCAGCAGAGUCUUUUGUCGGCUCAAUUAGCCAGCUCAACAUUUGGGGUUAUGUUCUGUCCCCAGAACAGGUACAUAUGUAACAUUUCAUUUGGUUCCUUUGAAGCUCAGGAGAGCUCUGGCAAAUGAAAAUAUAUUAAGCAAUUUCCCACAUUCUGGGCCUGAUCCUUUGCUCUUUCUCUCCUCAGCUGCUCAGAAUUGUUUUAUAUCUGUGAAAAAUAAAACCAUGUUGGCAGUAAUGAAAUGGGAAGGUAGUGGCUGUGUUCAGACAAGAAUGAGCCUAGCUUCCCCCAGGCUCACACAUCCUCCUGUGGCAUUUUUAUGAACCACAACUUAGUGUGUCACCCAAAGCCUAAACUGUGCUUGAUCUAUCAGUGGAAGCAGGGCACACCUCAUAAACUAUAGCCUGGAGCACUGCAAAACUCUGGUGUGUUUUUGUUUUGUUUUGUUUUGUUUUGUUUUGUUUUGUUUUGUUGUUUUGUUUGCUGUAGCAGACUAACAUGGCUACCACUUACGGGAUAAAUGUAAAGGUAAAGGGACCCCUGACCUUUAGGUCCAGUCGUGACCGGCUCUGGGGUUGCGGCGCUCAUCUCGCUUUAAUGGCCGAGGGAGCCGGCGUACAGCUUCCAGGUCAUGUGGCCAGCUUGACUAAGCCGCUUCUGGCGAACCAGAGCAGCGCACGGAAACGCCGUUUACCUUCCCGCCAGAGCGGUACCUAUUUAUCUACUUGCACUUUGAUGUGCUUUCGAACUGCUAUGUUGGCAGGAGCAGGGACUGAGCAACCGGAGCUCACCCCGUCGCGGGGAUUUGAACCGCUGACCUUCUAAUUGGCAAGUCCUAGGCUCUGUGGUUUAACCCACAGCGCCACCCGCGUCCCUACUUACAGGAUGGAGGGAGGCUAACCAGACCUUCUUCAAACGACCAACUUCUAUGAGAGUGGGUGGAAGUUCUUUUUGGGGGUGGGUUGGUUUUUUUUAACUUACAAUUUUGUUUUUUAUUUGUGAACUGAAUAGAUGUUUAUUUCCAAGCCAUCAGUUUCUGCUUCUUCAGUUUCUUUUGAGAUAUCUUCUUCUUUUGAGCAACUUCCUCUUAUGCCUUAGGGACAAUUUGCUCCUUCUCUGUGAGGAUCAUCUCAAUGUGGCAAGGAGAACUCAUGUAGGGGUUAAUGCAGCCAUGAGCCCUGUAGGUCUGCCUGCGCAUUUUGGGAGCUCUGUUAACCUGAAUGUGCUCAAUUACCAGAGAGUCUACAUCCAGACCCUUGAGCACAGACAUUUUAAGAACGUGUGUUCUUAAAGUGAACACAAAGGUUGGAUUUUGUGCAUGAUUUUGUGGAGUUCUUCGGAUCAAGCGAGUAGUGGACCAUUUUCAGAGCUUACCUUACAGCCACAGCUACCACCGGGGGAAAGCGUGGAAGUUCUUUGUUUAUGUAUUGGGUCACACAUCACUUUAAACAGGUUUUUAGUUGAAAGCAAUUAGUUGCUGUAUGUUGUAGAGUUGGUUAGAGUGUUGGGGUUGUUAUGUAACAGUUUUAAUGACUUCCAAGAUCUCUGUUUUCUCGUGAAAACACUCUGUUUUUCUGAAAGGGGUGUCAAUAUUCAAGAGCAGGGGUCAACAACCUUUUUCAGCCGUGGGCCAGUCCACCGUCCCUCAGACCAUGUGGUGGGCUGGACUAUAUUUUGGGAAAAAAAUAUGAACAAAUUCCUAUGCCCCACAAAUAACCCAGAGAUGCAGUUUAAAUAAAAGGACAUAUUCUACUCAUGUAAAAACACACUGAUUCCCGGACAGUCCGUGGGCCGGAUUGAGAAGGUGAUUGGACCGCAUCCGGCCCCCGGGCCUUAGUUUGCCUACCCCUGUUCUAGACUGUCUUUUUUCUUGCCUAAUCCAUGUUUCAGGAAAUAAGUGAGGAACAGAUUUUCUUCCAACCAUUUCUGCACAACAUUGUGUGUCUAACACCCCCAGUAUUUCUCAAAGGACGGUCUUGCGUUCAGAUACAGUGGACAUGAGUUUGUUCAGUUUGAUCAUUUGCUGAUCAUUGCGGUGAGAAGGAAGAGGAUGAAUCAACUAAUUAACAAGCUUGUAUCUGUCCCUUUUCUUUUGAACUAUCAGGUGAAUUCCUUGGCUACUUCUUGUCCAGAAGAACUCCAAAAGGGCAAUGUGUUGGCCUGGCCAGAUUUCCUUCCUGGAGUUGUUGGAAGAGUGAAGAUAGAUUCCAAGAGCGUAUUCUGUGCUGGUUAGAGCUCUAUCUCCUAAAAGUGUUUUUGUAAUAUAAUGCAAUGGUUUUAAAACUCUGCUCAGGAAAUCCUGGCGCACCCUGGAAGCUUGUCAGAGGUGCCUCAUUGCAUGCCCAGCCAAACUAGGACUUAGCGACAAUGUGUUGGGUCUUUUAAGGGUAAGUCACAGUUGCGUUGCUCCUGCUCCUCCAGUCGUGUUGCUGCUGUGCUGCUGUCAAUUAAGCCAUUGUUUGACUGAGGACUCAGCUAUACAGCUGCAAAUGAAAUGUUUUAAGUGUGUUUUAAGUGCAAUAUAUAAUGUGACACUAGCUGGCGAUGGUGAGCCUUAUGGAAAAUUCAAUGUAUUUUUUAAAAACGCUUUUUAAAAAAGCAUUUUCAGAAUGGUUUCUAUAUGCAUGUAGAUUCAAGCUUAGUGUGUCAUAGCUUACCUUGUAAUUUCUUUGGAGGAGCAGAAGGACUGUGGGGAGGACUCUGGGGUGUCACACAUUUGCCCGAAGGUAGGGGUGGGAAACCUUUUCAGCCCAGUGGGCCAGACCUUUUUCUCCUUGACACUAGCUACACAAACUAUGUGACUGCCAGAUAGGCUUUUUGUAUGUUCCUAUGACUUGACAAUCAGCUGAUCAUUGGGCUUUUAGAGAAGAGCUUCUGGCAGCACCUGCAAAGCUGGUUUCAGUACAGAAAUAAGUCCCUGAAAGCAGAAAAGGCAAAAAUUAAAAAUAAAUCACUGGUAUACUGGUGCUCCUUAUGUGGCACAAAACCUAUGAUAUUAUUAUCCCCAUGGCCCACUAGCCUUUCACAGAUACACUUGCUCAUUUAAUGACUGGAACAUUCCGUCUUCAUUCUUCGGAUUCCAGUGUUGUGUAAUAAAUGUUCCUUGGGACCUUGAGCGAAAUAUUUAUGGUUUCCUGGAUUGAGAUGUUGAAAGAGUAAAGUUUCGGAUUGGGUCAAAUGGGAGAGAUUUCCAGUCAUUCAUUGGAACAGAAAUUUUAAUUUUAUUUUGGCUCCCCGUUCUGUUUUGCUGUUUGUUUGUUUUUCACUUGUGAAAAUGGUUUUAACCUUGGAUGCUUCUGAAAGCGAGCAUUGGACGCAUAUAUAUAUAUGUCUCCAAACCUCCUUGCAUAGCAUGGAAGACUAGUAAAAUUUUGGGAAUCAAAGUGUGAAGAAAUCUGCAACUCUCAUGCUUCCAGCUGAUUAUCUGGCAGUAGUGUGGCAAACUUCAACAACUAAAUGGAGAUGUUCAUUUAAUUUAUUUUACACAACUAUGUGGGAUUGCAGGAGCUCUUGUUUUAAUGUGCUUUAGCUGUUUUGUGUGUGCGUUUUCCUUUGUUUUCAGACUGCCCGCCCUUAGAAGGUUCCAUACCUCACCUGAGAACUUCAUCAACGGAUUCUAAGCCGGGGUCAAAAGUCUCCCUCUUUUGCGACCCAGGUUUCCACAUCGAAGGGAAUUCUGUCCAGCACUGUCUCAAUUUAGGGCAGUGGGCACAACCUCUCCCACGCUGUGAAAGUAAGUGGAUACCCUUAAGAUGCUCCUAACUUGAGGAUCGGUUGCAGUAUUAGACAGAAGAUCCUAAACUAAAACAAAACAAUCACUGCCAAGGAAGCCACUUAGUGAUUUCCAGAAGGCCCCUUCUUGUGCUGCUGUCAUAAAACGUGGAUUUAGGUUUGAUGAGGCCCUAAGCUACUGAAGGUAAUGGGGCCUUUUAUAUGUCCAGCUGUCCUUUGUCAACAACAAAUUGUAGCUGUUUUUUGUGUUGAAUAUAUGCUAUAUGGUAAUUUUUGGACCUAAUAGGUAUCUAAAGUCAUAUAUAGAAAUGAGCAAACCAGUGAUAUUUUAGGGAGCAGGCUAGCAGGCGGGGCCCAUUACUUACAUCAUAGGAGCCUACACAACACAAAACACUGUUGCUGUAUGUAGGUUCUAUUUUAUUUGUUUUUUUAUCUUAUAUUUUGGAAAUGUACAUCCAGGUUUUUUUCCUUUAAAUUUUUUUGGGGGCCCCAAGAGAGUGGGGCCCUGAGCUAUAGCUUGUUUAGCUUAUACGUAAAUCCAGCACUGAUCAAGAAGAGAUGAAAGUGAGCACGUCUAGCCUCUUAAUACUUUUGUGCAUAUAUCGUCUGGCUGCAGGGAUUAGCUGUGGAGUGCCUCCUCCUUUAGAAAACGGAUUUUACUCCGCCGAAGACUUCUUUGCUGGAACCACCAUCACGUAUCAAUGCAACAGCGGCUAUUACUUAUUAGGAGACUCGAGGACGCUUUGUAAAGACAGCGGGAGCUGGAGCGCCAUUUCGCCAUCUUGCCUCGGUGAGAUCGUGAGCAUAUUUGACCGUAUUGUCAACACAAGAGUCCUAAUACUCCUGCUCAUCUCUGCCUCCAUUCUCCUACUGACUGAAUCUUGCUCUAAACCUCAAACCUUUACUGGCAUAUAGACAAAAUUCCUGUAAUGGGUUUAGGGGUUGCUCGUGCGUAAGUUGCCGCCACUCCUGGCUAGGUUACCUGGUUAACCCUUUCUGACUGAACAGCCUCCAGCAUCGUGACUGUCUCAGUCGCUGGCAGAAUCCGUCAGUGGGCGUUUCUUAAACCUUUUCCAGCAUAAAAGUUGUUUGACGCCAAGUCUCCUCCUACUCUCCCUGUGCGGAAGUCUUCUGCGCAGGGAGGGUGUGGGCAGCGGAGUACCCGUACUCUCUCCGCUGGUCUCCAGCGAAAAGUCUCGGAGCCUCCUCCCCGAUUCCCCCACCUGCCCCCCUUCUCCACUGGUGUUACGCUGAUUUCCUUCCCCAGCAGAUGGGCUGCCUCUCUCCCUACUGGGACCCUCUCCUGCAUCCCUUUGGAGCCUUCCCUCCGCCUCUAGCUCCGAUGGCAGUUCCCUGACAAUUCCGAAAGGCUCGGUACAAUGAAAUCACCUGGUAGACUCUGCAUCUAUAAUAAUAAUAAUAAUAAUAAUAAUAAUAAUAAAUUUUAUUUAUACCCCGCCCUCCCCGGCCAGAGCUGGGCUCAGGGCAGCUAACACCAGUAAAAUUACAGUAAAAACGUAAUAGGAAAAUACCCUAAUUUAAAAUACAGGUUAAAAUGCAAUUUAAAAUGCAGCCUCAUUUUAAAAGUAGCCCAUAGAUAAAACCAUAAAGGGGGGGGACAUAAGGGUCAAACUGAGUCCAAACCAAAGACUGGGCGGAACAGCUCUGUCUUGCAGGCCCUGUUGAAAGAUGUCAAAUCCCGCAGGGCCCUCGUCUCUUGUGACAGAGCGUUCCACCAAGUCGGGGCCAGUACUGAAAAGGCCCUGGCCCCAGUUGAGACCAAUCUUGCGACUUGGGACCUCCAAAAUGUAGUCAUUUGUGGACCUCCAUGGGGCAUACCAGGAGAGGCGGUCCCGUAGGUACAUGGGUUCUAGGCCGCAUAGGGCUUUAAAGGUCAAAACCAGCACAUUCAAUCUCACCACCAUGGAUGGCCUGCAUUGAUUCAGGUUGAUCAGGUGGUAGUCACCAUUGGCUGUCCACAUUGGACCAUCCCCAAACUUCCACACCCUACAGACUCCAAUCUGGCUGAAUAAGGCUGUUGGCCAGGUCCCCAAAACCUACUCUAGACAAUUCUGAGGCCUUGCAUCCACCAGUGAGAUUUUUGAAAACUGUUUUCCCCUCCAGAGAGCAGACACCUCCCCCAUGCCACAUUAUUGCAAGCCGAUUUUUGAAAAUCCUCUCUGUUUCAAAAGCAAUCUGCUUUUCAGUACAGAGAACUGCUGUUCCAAGAUAUUUAAGACCCAAGCCCCUUCAGGGACACCCAGUUUUAGAUGUGGGUCUUUGGAUUUUAGGUGCAGGAUAUUUGUGGCCCACAAGGCUUUUCCUGCAAAAUAUGUUUACAUGUAUCGUUGAGCCUACAUAGUUUUGAAGGCAUUGCUUACAACAGCAAGAGUACAUGUUUGCAUUUUUUGUCAUCGUGCGGCAUUUGUUUCUGAUAAGUUUUGUUGUGUCUUUAUCGAGCAGCAGUCUAUGAAAGGAAGGGAAGUAGAGAAUGUGUACAUUCUUUCAUGCAUUGUUUUUAAUAGUUCUUGGGGAUAUGUAAGUUGCUAUCUUUGUAUAAAGCACCAAAGACUGAGAGUCCCUGAGACAGUAGCACCUCCAAGGGUAUUAGUAGUAUGACUAUAUUAUUACUCUAGUAAGGGGAGCGGGUGGCACUGUGGUCUAAAUCAGCGAGCCUCUUGGGCUUGCCAAUCGGAAGGUUGGCAGUUCGAAUCCCUGGGACAGAGUGAGCUCCCGUUGCUCUGUCCCAGCUCAGGCCAACCUAGCAGUUCAAAAGCACACCAGCGCAAGUAGAUAAAUAGGUACCUCUGUGGUGGAAAGGUAAAUGGCAUUCCGUGCACUCUGGUUUCCGCCACAGUGUCCCGUUGCACCAGAAGCAGUUUUAGUCAUGCUGGCCAAAUACCCCUGAAAGCUGUCUGUGGACAAAAGCUGGCUCCCUUGGCCUGAAAGCGAGAUGGGCACCGCAACCCCAUAGUCGCCUUCAACUAGACUUAAUCGUCUAGGGGUCCAUUACCUUUUUACCUUAAUUAAUCUAGCACCAUUGGUGAGUAGGAUGUUUGGGACAAUAACAUAGGUAGGUCAACAAUCCUUUGAAAUCUAAAUUUAAAUCAAGGUUGGUGGUAAGAAAGGGAAAAAACAACACAGGGGAGGGUAAGAAGAAGAAGAAUUUGGAUUUGAUAUCCCGCCUUUCACUCCCGUUAAGGAGUCUCAAAGCGGCUAACAGCCUCCUUUUCCCUUCCUCCCCCACAACAAACACUCUGUGAGGUGAGUGAGGCUGAGAGACUUCAGAGAAGUGUGACUGGCCCAAGGUCACCCAGCAGCUGCAUGUGGAGGAGCGGGGAAUCGAACCUGGUUCACCAGAUUAUGAGUCCUCCGCUCUUAACCACUACACCACGCUGGAAGGAGAGGUUAAGAUAACAAAGGAGGAAUAAGAGCAGUCAUUUCAGGUGGAGAUGAGUUGCAGGGAAGGGUUGGGGUUUGGAGAGGGAACUUUCACCACUUUUGGUGUCCUGGGAAGGAAAUCCCGGGCAUAAGUGGCAGCAAAUGAGAAUGGGAAAAGGUCAAGAGACCUUCAGGUUGUCUUUGGAUGGCUAAGAAACAUCACAAGCAGAGACAGCUUAGAGCAAGAAAGCUGAAAGACGCCAAAGGCAUUUCAUUCAUAGGAACCCCACUUUCUGUUUUGUAGAUGUUGAUGAAUGUGCUGUUGGCUCAGACUGUGACCCGCAUGCCUCCUGCCGUAACACAAAUGGUUCCUACUUAUGUGCCUGCAUUCACCCUUACACUGGAGAUGGCAAGAAAUGUGCAGGUACAGGGGAAGGAGUGUUAACUAGCGGGUUCUGAAAGGAGAGACUUGCCCAGUCUGUAUUCCGUAAACAUCGCAGAAUUAUAUUUUUGCUGCAGUUCGCUUCUUAUCGAUAUCCAUCGCUGAGAUCCCAAGAUACCUGCUUCACAAAGCCAAUGGCAAAACUCAUAUGAAUUUGAAUUGAAACCUAGGACAUGAGACAUUUUCUCCCAGGAAGCACAUACUGCUUUAAAAAAUGUGUAGGAGGACAAUCCAGCCUGCAAUAGGCCAGUUCACAGGGGAGUCCAGGGUCCCGUUUGCGAAGCCGCCCACCCAAGGAGGGCAAACAGACUUUUCUUUUACAAGCAGAAGCUGCAAAAUUCGGUUUGGCAGCUAAAGCUACAGCUAGGAAUUCCAAAGAGCAUAAUCAAAUACAGUCAUACCUCGGAAGUCGAACAGAUUCCAUUCUGGAAGUCCGUUCGACUUCUGAAACGUUUGGAAACCAAAGUGCGGCUUCUCAUUGGUUGCAGCCAAUUGGAAGCCACCAAAGCCCUGUCAGACGGUUAGCUUCCCAAAGAACGUUCAAAAACUGGGAUACUCACUUCCAGUUUUCAAUCAUUCGGGAGCCGGAACAUUCGACUCCCAAGGAGUUCGGAAGCAGAGGUACAACUGUGUUGCAAAAGCAGAUCGCAAGUUAUAGUCAUGACCUAAUGGCCAAAAAGUGUUGACCUGUGACUAGAAUUUUUGCUUCUAGGUUCACGUUUCAGCACAUUGCACACUAGACAAUAUUGCACUCCGUGUAAGGAAAUGAAACAAUAUAUGAAAUAUUAUUGCACCUGGAAAGGAAGCAGAUUCCUCUCAGUAGAAGAGGUGGCCCAAUUGCAGUAUUGGUGAAGUCUCCGCAAAGAAAAUAAAUGUGGUUGGAAAUGUUCAUUAAAGUGUUUUUGAAGUGCUCUACAUUGGUACCUCGGGUUAAGUACUUAAUUCAUUCUGAAGGUCCGUUCUUAACCUGAAACUGUUCUUAACCUGAAGCACCACUUUAGCUAAUGGGGCCUCUUGCUGCUGCCACGCCGCCGGAGCACGAUUUCUGUUCUCAUCCCGAAGCAAAGUUCUUAACCCGAGGUACUAUUUCUGGGUUAGCAGAGUCUGUAACCUGAAGCGUAUGUAACCCGAGGUACCACUUUAUUUGUAUAUUCCCGUGAUCUUGUGCACUGGGCCUUCUUUCCCCCUCCCAAGUCACCUGCUGAAAUGUUGCAUGAUUUGUUUUCAUUUUUAAGCACAUGAGCCACACCUGGUGUCAGUAAGCUCUGUUUUACCUUGUAUCUGAUUCCAAAGAACCAGUGAGGUGCAAACACCCAGGAGACCCUGAACACGGCCAUUCGCAGGGUGACAGCUACAGUGUUGGUAGCGAAAUCAGUUUCUUGUGUGACACGGGCUACCAGCUCAAGGGAAUGAACAAAGUUACAUGUUUAGAGUCUGGGGAAUGGAGCCACCAGAUACCGCACUGCGAAGGUAUGUUCUGCAUUUUUAUUGUGAUAGUACGGAUAGAACCAUGAAACUUUAAAAGGAAAUGUUAGGCAUUUGAUAGAUAGAUAAAUUUAUUGUCAUUGUCCGUAUAUACACAGUAUACACAACAACGAAAAUCAAACACCCACUCGAAGACCGGGUUCACAUACACAUUUGCACGUAUCUCCAACACUCUCAUCCUAUUCAGACAUAAUCUAUAAAAACAUAUCAUACUCCAGAAUAUAACAUAACCUAUUAAAAGCAUAACAUAACCUAAAACCUGUCUCAUUCCUUCCUACUCCCUGCUUGCUAUUCCUUGCAACUGGCCCUGAGAUCAUUAUUUAGUGCAAUCAGAGCUCUUGGAUAGAAACUAUUCAGAAGGCGUGUGGUUCGUGUUUUCAUUGUCCUAUAUCUUCUGCCCGAAGGCAACAGUUCAAAGAAGUUGUGAGCAGGAUGGGUGGGAUCUCUCAGGAUAUUGUGUGACUUCUUCAAAGUGCGAGACGUGAAGAUCUCAUCCAGGGUUGGUAGUUGGAGCCCAAUAACAUUCUGGGCAAUUUUAAUUAUUCUCUGUAAAGCUUUUUAUCCGUUUCAGAGCUGCUCCCAUACCACGAUAAUAUACUAUAUGUUAAGACACUCUCGAUGGUACUGUGAUAAUAGGACAGAAGUAGGUGCUGAGCUAGAUUUCCCUGAGCAUUCUCAGGAAAUACAACCUCCCCUGCACCUUCCUCACAACCAUAUUAAUAUUUACAGUCCAUGAGAGGUCCUCAGAGAUGUAAGUGCCCAGGUAUUUAAAACUACCAACCCUCUCCACCUCCUCGCCAUUUAUGUGCAAUGGUAAAAAUACGCAUUUCUUUCUCCUAAAGUCAAUUAUGAGUUCUUUGGUUUUUUUGGUGUUAAGCAUAAGAUUGUUUUCUUUACACCAUUGAAUGCCUAGUUGGCUGGAAUUGGCUACCGUAUUUUUCACUCCAUAGGGCACACCGGACCAUAGGGUGCACCUAGUUUUGGGAGGAGGAAAACAAGAAAAAAUUAUUCUGAAUCCCAGAAGCCAGAACAGCAAGAGGGAUCUGGCUUCUGGGAUACCGUGUGGCUGUUCUGGCUUCUGGGAUAACCGCGCCAACUUCUUCAGGGCAGCGGGAUGAAGGCUCCCCCUGCCCAAGGAGGCUGCGCAGGGCUAAGGCAGAAGCCAGGACAGGCGUGUCGCUGAAGGGGUGCUGCGCAGUUCUCUCUCUCUGCGCAGCGCCUCUCCUUCACAGGAGAGGUGCUGCGCAGAGAGGAAGAAGGUCCAGCGCCCUUCAGCGAAGCUGGAGAAGGAACAGAAGGGGAUCCUUCUGUUCCUCCUCGGGCUUCCAGGUCAGGCGCUUUGCCGCGAAGCCAAGAAGCCUGCAUUCGCUCCAUAGGAUGCACACACAUUUCCCCUUCAUUUUGGGAGGGGGAAAAGUGCGUCCUAUAGAGCAAAAAAUACGGUAUUUAUUUAUUUAUUGAGGAAAGUUAAUAUACUGUUUGAUCAGAAAGAUAAUCUCUGAGUGGUUUGCAUAAAGUGGUUUGCUCUGAAAAGUUCUCCAGUGGUUAUUACAGUCGUACCUUGCUUAUUGAACAGCUUAGUUCUCGAACAUUUUGUCUCCCAAACACUCCCGGAAGUGACUGUUCCGGUUUGUGAACUAUUUUUGGAAGGCAAACGUCCGGCGGGGCUUCUGAUUGGCUGCAGGAGUUUCCUGCAGCCAAUCAGAAGCCUCACUUUGGUUUUCAAACGUUUUGGAAAUCGAACGGACUUCCGGAACGGAUUCCAUUCGACUUCCAAGGUACGAAUGUACUUGACAGUUCAUAAACCUCCUUCCCCAUAAGUUGAUAUGGGCUGCUCACUUGAGGACGUAACUACGAUGAAGGAGUUCUCUCUUGAGAUGAUAUUCAUAUAGCAAUCCGUUAUGGUUUGCCCUCUCCCAUACAGUACGCCGGGCUCCAGUCCUGCUGCCAUUUUGGCACCAGGUUAAGAUCUCGCUGUUGGCCUGGGCUUCCUCAAGUUUCUAGCAUUAGUUUCUGCUGUUGUAAAGAGUUGAGUUAGGUUACCUCCAAUAAGAUACAUUGUGAUUGAGCUACUGUUGUUUUUGGGUAUGUUUUAUCUGCUCUGUCUGUUUCUUAGGUUGCUGGUAUUUUAAUUGAUCUGUAAUCUGCCUUGAGAUCUCAGGAUGAAGGGCCGGUUAUAUAUCUACUAAAUAAAAACAGUGGUACCUCAGGUUAAGUACUUAAUUCGUUCCGGAGGUCUGUACUUAACCUGAAACUGUUCUUAACCUGAAGCACCACUUUAGCUAAUGGGGCCUCUUGCUGCCGCUGCGCCGCCGGAGCACGAUUUCUGUUCUCAUCCUGAAGCAAAGUUCUUAACCUGAGGUAAUAUUUCUGGGUUAGCGGAGUCUGUAACCUGAAGCGUAUGUAACCUGAAGCGUAUGUAACCUGAGGUACCACUGUACAUAUAGAGAGUCUAUUAAGAACACGGCAACAUCCAGGGCUUUUUUCCAGCCGGAACUCAGUUUCAGCACCUCUCAAGUGGCACCAUUGCCAUUAUAAGAGGACAAGGGAGGUGUUCGUGGUGAGUUAUGGGACCUCUUUUCCUAGAAAAAUAGCACAGAGGCACAGACUGAAGAGUCAUUCCCUCUCACAAAGGAAUUCUGGGAACCCAUGGUUCUGUGACCAGUGAAUUCUCACCACAUUCCUCAAAUUACAAUUCCUAGGAUUAUUUUGUGUGUGUUUAAUAACAGUUUGAACUGAAUAUGUGACCUGAGAUGGCACCAGGUACAGUAAAUAUCUCUUUUGCAACUUCUUUGCAGAGCUUAGUGACAGGAUCCAGAAGUGAUCUGGAUUAUUUAUUUAUUCUGUAUCGCCUCCCAUCACCCAAGGCUUUCUGUUCCUUGCUGAACCUCUGUGCCCCUGUGUGAGAGCUCAUAGUAUCCCAGAAGAAAUAAAAAGAGAGGCUUACUAGAUUUUAAUAUGAACUAGCUCAUUUUCACACAACUAACAAUACAAUUCUACAAAUCACUACUCAUUAGUAAGCCCAACUGAAUUAAAUUAUGUUAAUAAGAAUGUGUGUUUUUUAUUUGAUUUUUUAAAAGCUGUUUCCUGUGGUGUCCCCGUUGUUCCAGAAAAUGGUGCAGUCGAUGGCUCAAAUUUUACAUAUGGUAGCAAAAUAAUCUACAGGUAGGAGGAUUGCACAUCAAAUAAAUCUGGUCCUAAAUGUGUAGUUACUUAUUUCAUAAGUUCUGUGUUUGGGAGGACUUUUUGUUGAAUUAUUAUUAUUAUUAUUAUUAUUAAAUUAUAUAUUUGCUGUUCAUAUAGGGUCCAUUGAGGUUUUGUAAAUGACUACUCAGUGACACAUGCAUAUAGUUAUCAAUAACUAUGACAUAUUUAAAACUUCCAUGUUCUCUACCUUGAAACUAUUAAUAAACGACAGGCACCACUGAAAUAAAAAUAUGUUGCAUUUUAUUGCUUCUUAUAAUAAAAGAUUUGCUGGCACAAAAAAGAUGCAGAAUAUUGCAAUCAUGUUUUAAAUUAUAUGCCCUACAUAUGAUUAUGCAAUGCAUACAUUAUAUUUUCAGUUGUAUGCACUAUGUACGAUAAAUGGUUUGGCAGCUAAAGCUACAGCUAGGAAUUCCAAAGAGCAUAAUCAGAUACAGUCGUACCUCGGAAGACGAACGGAAUCCGUUCUGGAAGUCCGUUCUACUUCUGAAACAUUCGGAAACCAAGGCGCGGAUUCUGAUUGGCUGCAGGAAGCAGCAGAAGCCGCGCCGGACAUUUGACUUCCAAAAGAAUGUUUGAAAACCGAACACUCACUUCCGGUUUUCGAUCGUUCGGGAGACGGAACGUCCAACUCCCAAGGCGUUCAGGAGUUGAGGUACGACUGUACUUUAUUUUCAUUUUUUCUUUCCUUUUCCUUUUUUCCUUUUUAUUAAAUCAUUUUUACUGAUUUUACAAUUUUAACUUCACCAAGGAUUCUCCAUAGAGAUAAUACAAAUCUGGAAAGAAAGAAAACAAAAAGAAAACAAAAAAUGAGAAUGAGAAUAUAAAUAAACCUUAAUCAUGACACAUUUUCAGUAUAUAUAAACAUAUUUUGGAGGUUCUCUUUAACCUCCUGACUUCCCUCCAUUUCCUUUUCUGGUUCAUUAAAUAAGUACGUUUUCUGCAUAAUUAUAAAACCUCUCUUUCUUAUUUUCCUUAUAUUAGAAACAUUUACGGGCUUUGAUUAAUCAUUUGCAAGUGUUAAAUAAUGAGAUUAUGUCUAACAUAGGCAAUUUGAAAUAUUAAGGUACGGUGGUAAUUAGUUAAAUAUUGAUAAUAUUUUCAGUUUUUCUAUGAAUUUUAUCUAUACUUCCUUACUAUAACAUCUGCCCAGCCUGCUUCUCACUUAAGGUUCUAAACAGACAGCUAAGGAUAACGACAAGAGUGCUACAAUAAAUCUAAUUUUAUUUCAUCACUAGCCAAUGGAAAUAUGUAAUGUCUUGGUUUGCUCUGCAACCACUCGGAAGUCUGGGGAAGGAGGAAAGUCUUGUGGUCCUCAACUUAAUCCAUAAAGAGUAGUUACAGACCAGGGAUGCGGGUGGCUGUGUGGUCUAAACCACUGAGCCUCUUGGGCUAGCCGAUCGGAAGGUCGGCGGUUCAAAUCCCAGUGUCGGGGUGAGCUCCCGUUGCUCUGUCCCAGCUCCCGCCAACCUAGCAGUUCGAAAGCACAUCAAAGUGCAAGUAGAUAAAUAGGUACUGCUGUGGCGGGAAGGUAAACAGAGUUUCCGUGCUCUGCUCUGGUUUCCAUCACGGUUGUUCCAUUGCUCCAGAAGCGGUUUAGUCCUGCUGGCCACAUGACCCAGAAAGCUGUCUAUGGACAAACGCCGGCUCCCUCAGCCUGAAAGCGACAUGAGCGCCACAACCCCAUAGUUGCCUUUGACUGGACUCAACCGCCCAGGGGUCUUUUACCUUUUUACCUUAGUUACAGACCACUGAACUCGACACAGUAUUCACUCUCCCCAAAAGAAGAACUCCUUCUAUCCAUGGAAGGCUUUUGAUCCAAGGAGCUCACUGGUGGAUGUGAUGUUUUUCAAUUUGCUGGUCCCCCCUCCUCCCCCAAACACCACCUCAUACUUUUCUGAAGGUUGCCCCAAUCCUAUGGAGCGGAUUCCGAAAGAAUGCAAGUGACUGCCAGGGAAACUGGCAAAAGUUGGCUCCUCCACUCUUCCGCCAGUGAGAGCAUCCGAAGAAGAAGAAGAAGAAGAAGAAGAAGAAGAAGAAGAGGAGGAGGAGUUUGGAUUUGAUAUCCUGCUUUAUCACUACCCUAAGGAGUCUCAAAGCGGCUAACAUUCUCCUUUCCCUUCCUCCCCCACAACAAACACUCUGUGAGGUGAGUGGGGCUGAGAGACUUCAAAGAAGUGUGACUAGCCCAAGGUCACCCAGCAGCUGCAUGUGGAGGAGCGGGGAAGUGAACCCGGUUCACCAGGUUACGAGUAUACUGCUCUUAACCACUACACCACACUGGCUUUGAGCAGUAGUUGUAACCACAGUGCAGCAAGAAUUGAACAUACUGAGCAUCUGCUGAAUGCUUAGGGACCAUUCGAUUUCACCCAUAGUUUUUCAUAGGGGAAAAAAACUAAGACCGUUGGAGCUAACAGAGAUGCGAGGAACGUGCAAUGCUCUUGUACCUAUUUUUAACUUGCUUUCUUGUCUCAAUACAGGUGCAGUAAAGGAUACAGUUUAGUAGGCAAUGAGGAAUCGGUGUGCCUUGCAAGUGGCACAUGGAAUCGUUCUUCCGUAUUUUGUGAAUUAGUGAAGUGUCCCCUCCCAAAGGAAAUAAGCAAUGGAAAAUAUCUAAUGAGUGGCGUGACAUACCUUUCUAAUGUAUCAUACACCUGCGACACAGGUUACAGGUAAUCAAGAAACCAAGACGCACUUAGCAUUUUGUGUGCAUUUUUUAAAAUGUAGACAUGAAGGAGAAGUGCUUUGAAUGCAGCAUAUGCAAAAUGAUUCAUCUGGCUUUUUCUUUAAUCUUCUAAUAUCUGCACAUGUAAAUUGGUGGUGCUCAUGGAAAAGUCAUGCAGAAUUAGUCAUCUUCCUAACACCCAGCUCAUUCUUCUGAGCACCAGUUUUUAAGCAAGCAUGUUUAAAAAGCUUCAUUAGGCAAAAUCUGCAAAUUAUCCUAUGAUCAAUAGGUUCAUAUUUACAACUUGACACCCACUAAAGACUUUAUUGCUUCAUAAUUAAUAUUUCUUUAAAAAAGAAAAAGAAAAGAAAAGCUUGUUGAAAACUCUGAAACACUAGAAUUCAGAGUUAAAUAUGGUGGCUGACAGUAGCUUGGAUGUUAUAGUGAUUUGUGUCGGGAUCUCCGCUUGGCCAAGCUGAUAAAGCUCAUUUUCUUCCCCCAAGUCCUUCGGUUACUCUCCUCCUGACGUGUUUAACGACCUGAACCUUUGAUAGGGCUCCAAGGCACGUUCCCCCAUUCAGCAGAGAAUCAAAGCAGCAGAAGUGAUGAGAUUUAUGGCUACAUGCUAUGCUUUAUUACUAAGCUACACAGAGAGCAAAGAAAAAUACAUCUUCUCCCUGUGAGAGCAGAGAGCAACUGCAACAAAGGAACAAAGGAAACAGGAAACCAGUAACGUCACAUCCGUCUCUAGUCUCCCGUGAGACUUCCAAUAGCCUGGACUGUCUCUGGAAUGUAAACAGAGCCUUGUGACUCUAAGCAGCUGCUCAGUGUCAAACAUAAACUAACAAUUUGAAGAGAACAGAAAAUUUGUAUUUUAGCUGAAAUAUCUAUUUUGAGCUUUAAAAAAUCUUGAAUGUAAACUUUCUUAAAAAACCAGAAUCAUUCCUCUCGGCAUUAUAGGUUUAGAUAUUCCUAAAAAUGUAAGAAAAGUUUUUUUAUAUGCCACCACUGCUGCGAGGGAACUCAUAGCAAUGUAUUGGAAGAAUGAUAAAAUCCCCAUUAGAUCAGAAAGGUUAUUGAAACUGACAGAAUAUGCGGAGUCAGCCUAUCUUUCUAAAAGAAUUAGAGAUAAACCAGGGCAAAAGUUCAUUUUAGAAUGGGAUCAUUUCAAGAGACACUUAAAAAAUAGUUGCUGCAAUCUGAAUACGGUAAUAGCUUUUGAGUAAACACUAUAAAUAAUAUGUAUUAAGGGGGGAAAGAUAUAGAAACACUAAAUACUGUGUUAUGAAACAACUAAACAAAAUCAUGCAAUAUGUUUAUUAAAGGAAAGAAAUAUGGAAGGGACGGGAAGUCAGAUGUUCGUGAAGAAAAAUUUUUGCUGGAAAAUGUAUAUACUUUUUGUGAUGAUUAGUGUUUUUUGAUGGAUUGGUAAUGAUGAUUAUGAGUUUACAUUGUACAGAUAUAAUUACGAACAACAAAGCAUAAAAAAGGGGGGGGGGAGAAAAUACUUAUUUGGACUGUGGCUGCAGAAUGCAGAAUUUGUUACCCGUAUUUUUCGCUCUAUAAGACGCACCAGACCAAAAGACACACCUAGUUUUUGGAGGAGGAAAACAAGAAAAAAAAUAUUCUGAAUCUCAGAAGCCAGAACAGCAAGAGGGAUCGCUGCACAGUCAAAGCAGCAAUCCCUCUUGCUGUUCUGGCUUCUGGGAUAGCUGCGCAGCCUGCAUUUACUCCAUAAGACGCACACAUAUUUCCCCAUACUUUUUAGGAGGGGAAAAGUGAGUCUUAUAGAGCAAAAAAUAUGGUAUAUCACAUUUCUUUACUCCCUGACCCCAUGCCACCUUCAUGUAGGAUUUUGGAAACUGAAUUUGUUGUAGAUGUUUUUUAACUUUAACUUCUUUACGGGCUGUUUCUGCUGCACCACUGCAGUUGGAUUGCCCAUCUACUCUCAUAAAAGGUAAAGAAAAAUCCUUCUAAAUGGCUGCGUAUUCCACAGCAGCAAACAACCACCAUUACAAGAUCUGUUUCGCUUUCUUUUUUUUAAAAAAAAAGUGAUGUAAGUAAAAUAUGUGCCUUCCCCCUUUACAGUAUUGUAGCAAACAGAUUUUAUGUAUAUAUUUUUAAUCAGACAGACACACACACAAAAAACCCAAACAAACCAUGACCACAAUUCAGCAAACACAGCAAGACCUAUCUCUGUGCAACAAAUUUACCCACCUUCUGAACUAUGAAAAAAGGCAUGUUGGGUUUCUCUGCUGCAGGGUGAAAGGUUAUGUCUGCCCCUCUUCAUGCAUUGUGGGUAUGUGCUUAUCUGCUGGGUGGAAUAUUUUUGCACAAAUAUAAGGUGUCACUUUUUUUAGGAUUUUGCAUUUGGCAACUUUAUAUCUGGUGUGUGUGUGUGUGUGUGUGUGUGUGUGUGUGGCUUUACAGAUUUUACUUUAACCAUGUGCUCUUGAAUGGAUGGUUGAUUAAAGUUCAACAUGUUCAAGGAAAGACAUGGUAACGGACGCUUGUGCUUUCAUGCGCACCUCUCACGAUUUCCCCAUUUCCGUUGGUUUCGUAGCCUGCAAGGACCUUCCGUACUCGUGUGCGGAGAUUCGGGCAGCUGGAGCAGCCUCCCUCCAGAGUGCAAAACAGUUUCUUGCGGUCUUCCUCCUGUCAUAAAAGAUGCCGCGGUUACUGGGAGCAACUACACUUUCGGAAGCACCGUCACUUAUACGUGUAAGGAAGGGUAUGUAAAGGAGCUCAAUCAGAUCGGAACUCUUAAACGUUGUCGGUACUGCGAAGCAGAGAUGGGGAACCUGCGACCCUCCCGUGAUGCUGGACUCCAGCUCACAACAGCCCCAGCCAUCCCCUUGGCCAGUGGUCCAGGAAGCUAUAGUCCAGCAGCAUCUGCAGAGCCACAGUGUGUCUUUAAAGUGUGGUGAUUAUUGUAGAUCUCAUUGCAGAAUCCAUGCUCCUGUGUCAGAUACCUGAAAGGUAAUAUAUAGCAGUAAUGGAGAGCCUCAGGCCCAGGGAGUGCAGAGAAUGUGGCCCUCUAGACCUCGCUAUCUGGCCCUCAGAAUUCUUUGCAGGCCACACCCCUCAUGGGGUGCUUUGUAGGGCUGGGAGAUACCUGGUUUUCAGCAUGCAUAGCAGCUAAAUACAUCAAUAUGCUGUUAUAUCACGUUGUCUGGCUCUGGAAUGUAUCUUAGCUGCUUUCAUUUCUUAGCACAGAAAGUUUUGAUCUGAUGUGUAGCGAUCUUUCCUAUUCUCAUUAAUUCAAGAGGGUUCUGGAAGCUUCUGUGUGUGAAAGAAACAAGCAGAAGGUUCAUGAUGUUUGCCUUAUUCCUUCAGAGAAGCUGAAUACAGCUGACUUAAACUGGUUCUCUUAUCUCUUUCACUCAAGGCCAUGCUGACUAUAAUAGUAAGGCCAAAAGGAGCCUCGAUUUCACUUUCACUUUCUCUUUCUAUCUUCCUUCUGGUGUGGUGUUCUGUACAUAGUAUGCUUAGUGUUAAGGUUUAGACUUAUUAGUCUGCUGCAACUGGAUUUCUUAUGGACAGCGCCAAUCCUGAGUGUAUUGGAUUUGUGACCAUUAUGCUCACUUGCCUUCAGUAGCAGUAAAGCUCUGCUGGAUGAAAUAUAAUAAUAAUAAUUUAUUUAUACCCCGCCCUUCCCGGUUCAGGGCAGCUAACAACAAAUUUAAAACACUUAAUUAUAAAAGCAGCAUAAAAUACAGUAUAAAAACAUGAAUAACAAUAAAAUUCAAAAAUCAAUUUAGGGGAAAUGAAAACAUUAGAUAAUCCCCAGGGCUGGCUGGCUGAAUUGGUCCUACUUGGGCCAGCAAGGAGACCAGGGGAGAAUUUGCACCCCAAAUGUGCUUGCCUGGCUGAGAAGUGUCCUUCAACUCUGAUGCUUGUCUGGAUAGAGAGGGAUGUGUGAGAGUGUGUAGAAAAUUGCCUACUGUGCAAAGGGAAGAUUUAUAUUCAUUGCUCUGUCCACCUCAGUCUCUGCCCCCGUAACACUGGCAAGUGGUUCCUGGAUGCUUGCCCAGAAAGGAAUGUUUGAGCUGAAAAAGAGCAUCCACCUUUUGGUCUCAAAGAUGUGUUAGCUCAACGGAACCUUUUGUUCAAAGCUCCCUGAAUUAUUUGUUUUAGAGCUAGCAGUGUCAUAACUACUUGAUAGGGGGGCAAAAGAUUGCACCCAUCAGUAGGAGGAGCCCCAGCACCGCCAGUGAAUUGCAUCCAAGAAAAUAUAUCUAGGAAAGAAAUAAUCGCAGGCAUGCCAAAACACUUUCAUAGCUGUGACUUGUUUUUAUCUGCGGCUCCAAAGUUUAACACUUUUAAGGCCCGGCAAUUUAAAAUAACUCUCCUGUUGAAAUCAGUGGAAUUUGACAGUGAUUUACUCCUCCACUAGUUUCCAAGGUUUACAGAAAAGGUAUAUUCUAAUUCAUUUUAAUCACUUAUACCUGUUCUUUCUGAGAAUAAAACUUUCCCAUGGAAACUUGACCCCCCCCCAAAAAAAAAUUAAGUACAUUUUGAAACUUUUACAGUAGUACCUUGGUUCUCAAACUUAAUCCAUUCCGGGAGUCUGUUCAACCAUUCGAAAACCAAGGCGCAGCUUCCGAUUGGCUGCAGGAGCUUCCUGCACUCAAGCAGAAGCCACGUCGGACGUUUGGCUACCGAAAAAUGUUCGCAAAGCAGAACACUUACUUCUAGGUUUGCAGUAUUCAGGAGCCGAUUUGUUCAGGAGCCAAGCCUUUCAAGAACCAAGGUACCACUGUAUGACGUUAGAAGUCCGUUCUAUUAUGAGUCUAAUGUUGCUUUUCCUUUCCAUUCCACAGCUACACAUUAAUUGGCACUGAAACUGUGGAAUGCUUGGCGAGCGGCAAAUGGGACCUGAAUCACCAGCAAUGUGUGGCCGUUUCAUGCGAUGAGCCUCCGCCUGUGGAACAUGCCUCUCCAGAAAGCGGCCAUCGUCUCUUCGGCGAUAUAGCGAUCUACUACUGCACUGAUGGGUACAGUUUAGCUGGCAAUGCCCAGUUGCUCUGCAAUGCCCAGGGAAAGUGGGUGCCGCCGGAUGACAAAGACGUUCCGGAAUGUAUCGCCGACUUCUGCGAGAGACCGCUGCCUGCGCCCUACAGCAUCUUGGAAUCGUCAAACAAGGCCAAAUUUGCAGCCGGGUCUGUUGUGAGCUUCAAGUGCACAGAGGGCUUUGUCUUAAACACGUCCGCUAAGAUUGAAUGUGUUCGGGGAGGGCAAUGGAGCCCUUCUCCGUUGACUAUCCAGUGCAUUCCUGUUCGCUGUGGAGAACCAGCAGGCAUUAAAAACGGUUAUGCAAUCGGCACAAAUUACAGUUUUGGGGCCAUCGUGGCUUACAGCUGCACUAAAGGGUACUAUAUCAAAGGAGAGAAGAAGAGGACAUGCGAGGCAACUGGAACCUGGAGUGCUGCUAUGCCCACCUGUCACCCAGUGUCCUGUGGAGAACCACCCAAACUUGCAAAUGGAGUUAUUGAGGUACUGCUAAGGCCUUGAGCAUAGACAGCAUUAGCAACUGGAAGGUUCAGUAGUUUAAAAGUCCAGGCCAAUGAACUUGGAAAAAAUAAUUAAAAGCAGAGUUUUUGUUUAAGGUAGUUAUGGAAAUGCAUUAGUCUCUGAAUCAAACUUCUAAAAAUCAGAUAUGUGCAACUUAAUCCAGUAAGUGAAGUGCUUUUAAACAGGACACUAAGAAAACCAGAAAACAUUUCGCUGGCUGAGUUUUCUGGUAUGUUUUUCUGUACAGAUGGUGGGCAGAUUUGUAGGGAUAACCAAAAGAUGUAUCCAAUAUCACUUUUUUCCCCCAUUCAUCAUCCAUAAAAAUGCUGAAAGAGGUACCAAAACCUGUUCAGAUGUACAGGCACAUUUAUUUCACCUUGAGUUUGUGUUUUGUUGAUAAUAAUGUCUUUCAACAUUAAAUUUUUGGAGUUUUUGUUUCAUCCGGUCCUAUGAAACUGGCCUCACAGCUAAUGCACCACCUCAGUUGCACAGAGAAAGACUGGAAUUUGUGACAAUCUUUAACUCUUUAAGGGGGGGAGGAGAGAGUGGGAAUGGUAUCAAUUGUUCUUGGAAUCAAUGCCUUAACAUUUAUGAACUGUCAGAAGUCAGGGUUUAUCUGCUAGGUGUGUGACGUUUUAUAAGCCCUAAAGUUUGUUCUGGUCUGUUUUACAGGUUGCAACAGGGCGUUCCUUUGGGAGCGAAGUGAGAUUUCGGUGCAAUGCUGGUUAUCAACUGAAUGGAAGUGCAACAUUCACUUGCCAAGCUAACCGCCAGUGGCAGAGUGAAACCCUUCCUUCCUGCACCCUUGUCACUUGUGCAAAACCACCUUCUCUCCGGCAUGGCUUCAGCAAGGGAGAAAGUUUUGAAGUGGGAGCAAAAGUCAGGUUCUUCUGCGACGAAGGCUACGAGCUGAUCGGAGAUGCCUCCUGGACUUGUCAGAACUCUGGGGUGUGGAACCAAAAACAAAACCCCAAAUGCGUCCCGGCAAAGUGCUCCGAGCCCCCGCUAAUUGAGAAUCAGCUGGUCAUGAAGGAGAUGGCUGGCCAAGUAGGUGUGGUCCACUUUUCAUGCAAAGAGGGUUUCGCUUUGCACGGUGCCUCCGUAUUGAAAUGUUUGACAUCACAACAGUGGAACGAUUCUUUCCCUGUCUGCCAAGCCGUACUGUGCCCUCGGCCGCCUUAUAUCCCCUUUUCGGACUCCGUGGUGUCUUCCCUUCAUUUUGGCAGCACCGUGAGCUACACGUGCAUGGAUGGGUUUUUGCUGAAAGGUGUUUCGACCAUCAGCUGCCAAGCUGACGGUACAUGGAGCACCCCACUGCCGGAAUGCAUUCCAGUGGAGUGCCCACAGCCGGCGGAAGUUCAGAACGGCAUUGUAGACGUCCAAGGCCUUACCUACCUCAGCACUGCCCUGUAUAAUUGCAAACCAGGCUUUGAGCUAGUGGGGAACAUGACCAUACUCUGCGGGGAGGACGGCCACUGGCUUGGAAGGAAGCCAACUUGCAAGCCCAUUGAGUGUUCCAAGCCCAGGGAGAUUCAGAAUGGCCGAUAUUCGUACGUUGACCUGCACUACAGGCAGACAGUUACCUACUCAUGUGACAGAGGAUUCCAGCUUGAAGGGGAAAGUGUCCUGAGCUGCCUGGAGACAAGGGAGUGGGAUGCAGAAAUUCCCUCUUGCAGAGCUAUCAACUGCGAUCCUCCGCAGCCCAUUGAGAAUGGCUUUGUCGAAGGUGCAGAUUACAGCUAUGGUGCUAUGGUGAUAUACAGCUGUAUGCCAGGAUUUCAGCUCUCAGGUCUUGCCAUGCAGACUUGUGAAGAGUCUGGUUGGUCUAGUGUUAGCCCAGUAUGCCUGCCGACCGAUUGUGGCCUUCCUCCCCAUAUAGAUUUCGGGGGGUAUAUAACAAUUAGCAGCAAUGAAAAGCUUUUUGACCAUGGAGGAGGGGUUGAAGAGGGGUUCCCUACUGCCAGCCCACCUUUUUACUCCCUAAUACUUGAUAACCAGAAAGACAUGCAAAGUUAUUCAAAGGCCAUUAACACGCUGCCGUUGUCAGGGUACUUAUAUGGGACUAUGGUGUUGUAUAGCUGCUACCCUGGCUACGAACUCUUAGGGAAUUCCAAGCUGGCUUGCCAAGAGGAUGGCAUGUGGAACGGCAGUGCCCCUGUCUGCAUCUCCAGCCGGUGCGAAUUGCUGCCGCACCCGGAAAACGGCUUCGCGAAUUUUACAGAGAACACGCUUGGUAGUUCAGUGAAGUAUACCUGCAAACCAGGGUAUAAGCUGAUGGGCUCAGAAACGAGGCUUUGUCUGCCCAAUGGGCAAUGGAGUGGCGAAGCCCCGACUUGCAAAGUAGUAUCAUGCACGGGGCUUAGCAGGCCCAUGAAUGGCACAAUAAGAGGGGAAGGUCGCACUUACGGGAGCGUGGUCCACUAUGAGUGUGACCCUGGGUUUCAAUUAAAUGGUCCAGGUAAGAGAACAUGCCAGGCCGAUCAGAAUUGGGAUGGGGAUGAGCCGAUCUGCCUUCCCAUUUCCUGCGGCCAAAUCCCUAAUCUAGAGAACGGCCAAGUGCUAGGAGAGGAAUAUACGUUCCAAAAACAUAUCGAGUACAGCUGCAAAGAAGGUUUCGUCCUGGAAGGGGAUGAGAGGAGAGUCUGCCUUGCAGACGGACGAUGGAGCGGGAGAUCUCCGUUUUGCAGGAUGAUCCAAUGUGCCGAACCACCGGUGCUUCAUCACGGGCAGACUAGUGGGUCGGAAUUUGGCUUUGGGAAGAAAAUUGAGCAUCGCUGUGAUGAAGGGUAUGUAUUGCGUGGUGCAUCAAUACGUAUCUGUCAGGCUGACGGUAACUGGGAUAGAGAGCCUCCUUUCUGUGAGUCUGUCAGCUGUGGGCCUCCUGAGGACAUCUCUCACGGCUUUCUGAACGGCUCGGUCUUCACUUAUGGGAAAUAUAUAAAGUACAUCUGCUUUCCUGGCUAUGAGUUACAGGGGAACCCAGUGAGGCAGUGUAUGGCUAAUGGGAUGUGGAAUGGAACAGCCCCCUCUUGCGUGCCUUGCGAAUGCCCUGUGCCCGUGAUUCAGAACGGGGAAGUUGUAGGCAACCAUUUCAGCUGUGGCCAGAGGGUAGAGUUUCAGUGCCUGGAAGGUUUCAAGCUGCUAGGACCCACAGAAAUCACGUGCGAAGCUGCCGGCAGAUGGAGUUCUGGCUUUCCGCACUGCGGGCAGAUCUCGUGCGGCCCCCCGCCAACGAUCCCCAACGCAUUCAUCAACGGGAGCAGCUCUGUAGACCAGAAUGCCAUCGUUUAUAAUUGCGAACUGGGCUACGUGAUGCAAGGGAGAUCGGAAUUGACGUGCACGGAAACAGGAGCCUGGAGCAAGCCGUAUCCAAGUUGCACCUUACUGACUUGCGGGCCACCACCUUCUGUCCUUCACGCAGUUGCCGUUGGAGAGUCGCAAGCCUAUGGGAGCAAAGUCCAGUACAGGUAAGAAGAGUUCACAUGCCAGUCUAAGAGUCUUAGGCCUGGGCGAUACCUGGUUUCCAGCAUCGUGAAAUAUCACCAGCAAAAGCAUCACGACUUACCAAUAAAUCAUGAUGUCUGAAAUAAGGAGGGAACUAUGUAGAGUCACUGGCUGGCUUCAUGGUUUUUCCAGAAUCCUGGUUUUUGCCAGAGCCUGCUCUUUUGAUUCACUGCCCCUUGCAAGAGGCAGGGGAGAGGUGAACCAGCAGAGUUAACAAGGAGUACAGAAAUAUAGAGAAGCCUUGGCUGGCUUCACUGUUUUCCCCACAAUCAUUGUUUUUGCAUAGCACACAAACACAAUUGGUGAUAUGUUGCCAGGUCAAAAAUUAUGAAACCGAUAUCACAAUAUGGACUUCCAACUGGCUUUGGACGAUACAUCAAUAUAUAAUGGUACCUUGGUUUACGAACUUAUUGCGUUCCGGAAGUCUGUUCUUAAACCAAAGCAUUCUUAAACCAAGGCGUGCUUUCUCAUAGCAGCAGGGGACUCAAUUUACAAAUGGAACACACUCAACAGGAAGCGGAACAUGUCCUGCUUCCAAGGCAAAGUUCACAAACCAAAACACCUACUUCCGGGUUUACAGAGUUCUUAAUCCAAGUUGUUCAUAAACUAAGCUGUUCUUAAACCAAGGUACCGCUCUAUUUACCAGCCCUAGUCUGCCUUAGAAUGCCUAGCAUCACAUACAUACAUACAUACAUACAUACAUACAUAUAUACAUACAUGCAUACAUGCAUACAUACAUAACUUGAGGUUGCCAUUCCUGUUUGCUCUGCCUACCUGCUAACCCUGCUUCCCCCAUACCAACCAAUCUCCCUUUAUACCUGACCCAAACCCUCCUCUGUUUACACCUCACCCAUCCCCUCACAGCUCACUCCAACCUCCCAUUCCACUCCCAACUAACCUUAAGCUCCUCCCCAUCACAGCUCAGCCCACCUUUUAAUGGGUUUUAACACCACUGGUUAAUGGAGAUGAGGAGGCACUUCAGAGAACGGCUUUCAAACUGCUCUCUGAAUCACCUCUCCAUCUCCUUAAACCCUGCUCGGGUUGUUUUAUGGCAAGCUUCCUUUCUCCCCUUACAAGAAGUAGGAUUUGUUAAGUCAUCAGACCCAGACAUCCCCAACAGAUGCUUGUUUUGUGUUUGCAUUGUAAAUGUAUUUCACAAAGAACAAACGGUAUUGGGGAAAGGAGGUGGCAGUUGGGAGUUGGUUGGUCAUUCUGUUAAUUGAUUAUUUGAGAAGGUGGCUUCAUGCAGGUACUGUCUGGAAAAGUUUGUGAAGGCGGGCAAGCCAUGGAUUAAUAACUUGUGCACUGCUAUGAAGGAGCUUUGAAAACAAAAACGGAUUAAACCCUCUCUUGGGCUCAAGGGAGUGAAAUGCAUUGUGUUCAUUAAUAGGUAUGCGAAUAAUAUUUGUUGUUCAGCUGUUGCCAACCUGACAAGUAAAUCUUUAUCUUCAAGUCGCGUGUAAGGAGUCUUAUUUUAUCACAGACAGCUAACAUAUGUACCUUAGGAUUUACUUCAGCAGUUCAGAGCAUGCAAUAUGUACCUAUUACUGGUGACCCCAGUGUGACUUACAUGUUGCAGAUGUCUGGAGGGUUAUGUGAUGGAGACAGAAAUGGAUACCUGUACCUGUCAGGAAGAUGGGCACUGGUCCCCUAAUAGUAUUUCCUGUUGCCCCAGAAAAUGCUCCCUGCCAACAAAUACAACCAAUGUAAUUAUUUCUGGUGAUGAGUUCACUGUGAACCAGAGCAUUACCUUAUCAUGCCAAGAAGGCUAUCUUCUGAAUGGAGCAAACACUUCCACAUGCCAGGUAAAGGUUUAUCUCACUUUUGCUCUGUUUUAAUCCUUGUUUUAAUAGUCAUAUAUCUGUGCCUACUGAACUCAUUCCUGAAGAGCAAAAUAAUAAUAAUCUUAUGGUAAUUCACCAUGUUUUUAUUCUGCUAAAUGAAAACUGAACUGCAUUGCUGUUUUAAAAAAUAUUGAUCUGAAAAUAAUCCUCCCUCGUAACCUUUUUAUAACAGCACCAUUCCAGACUGGCAGCACAAUCCUAUGCAUGCCUACUCGGAAAUAAGUCCCAGUGCAAUGAAUGGGAGUUAUUCUCAGGGAAGUGUGUAUACAGUGGUACCUCAGGUUACAUACGCUUCAGGUUACAGACUCCGCUAACCCAGAAAUUUUGCUUUGCUUCAGGAUGAGAACAGAAAUCGCACAGCAGCGGUGCAACUGCAGCAGGAGGCCCCAUUAGCUAAAGUGGUUCUUCAGGUUAAGAACAGUUUCAGGUUAAGAACAGACCUCCGGAAUGAAUUAAGUACUUAACCUGAGGUAACACUGUGUUAGGAUUGCACCCUCAGUGUUAAAUUUAGAGGAAGUUAAUACUGUUAUUUGAAAGGCGGGGCAUUCCAUGCCCCCUCAAUAAAACUUAACAUAUGAGAAUUGUGUCAAAUUAUCCUCCUUAGAGAAGCGUGGACUUGCUCCUAUUAGGUCGUGGAGUAUUAUCCUUUUGUUUUUCUAGAUACAUUUUGAUUAAUAUAGUUCCUGGAAACUGUUAAAUGACUUGAUUUUAAAGCAAUGGUUGCAUUGUUGUCAUUUGCCAUGGAACUAUGUCUACAAAAUUUGGAAUAUUUAGAAUAAAAAAUGCUAUUUAGCAAUUUGGAAGAAAUUCAUGCUGCUAAAUAAUGUCUGCUCAACAUUUCUUGAUCCAAAUAAUGCUUUCUGCAUGAAUAAACAACUUUCUGCUAGUUGUCAGAUCUUUUGCUUACGACUUUUCUCAAUUCCAAAAAGUGCAAGUUGCAAUCUAUAAAAGCACAGGAUGUGCCAUACCCCUGACACCAUUCUAAAAAGCCCAUCAUCCCUGACUGCUGGUCCUGCUAGCUAGGGAUGAUGGGAGUUGUAGUCCAAAAACAGCUAGAGACCCAAGUUUGGGAAACCCUGGUCUAGGUAAUCGUGAACGUCCCAAUUCUUCAGUCCAGUCAUUUCUUAAACUCUGCAUAUCAAACUUAUAUGCUGCUAGGCUGUUUACACUUUAUAUAUCUUGUGAAAAGAAAAAAGAAAUUUGUUGCUUCUGUGUUGCUUAGCAAGCCAUGGAGAUACUUUCCCCCCUCUUUUUAGAAUAACGGUAACUGGAUGCCAUUAUUUUCAAGCGAGAUCUGUGCUCCUGUUUCCUGUGGAAAGCCUGAGGCUCCGGAACAUGGAAUAAUGAUUGGCAACAGAUACAGUUACAAAGACAUGGUUCUUUAUCAAUGCAGUUCUGGUUAUGAGUUGGAAGUAAGUCCAUUCAAUCUUUUCUUCAUUCUGUUGGUUAGCAUGUUGCCCAGUAGAUGGCAUGCUAGGUUAAAAUCAAUGUGUCCUUUUAUUGGGAAAAGCUUCUCACACCCAUCAUUUGCACUUGAGAAUAAAAUACAGGUGUGCUGCAUCGCUUAUGAUGUGCAGCUUAUUUGCCACUCAUUAAACCACGGGAGUUGGCAAAGCCAUUCUCAAAAGAAUUAAGUCACAAAACUAUACGUCCAAUGCACCUUUCAAACUGGUACACCAGAAAGUGGAUCCAAGUUGGGAUGAUUGCUUGUGAAGCUUUAGUUGUAGGUCUGCAUCUGUUAAGACAGGAACUGUAGCUGGAUCUCCAUGAGGAUCUGGAUCUCCAGAUCCACAAUGAGGAGCAAAUAAACUAGUAGUUCAGAGAUGAGAGAGCUGUAGCACUUCAAAUUGCAGGCAGCAAAUCGUAUUUUUGACUCUCUUGCUGUACAAAAACAAAACAAACCUGAAAGUAGGAAAGUAGCACACCAGGAAGAAGGCUGGGUAAGAAUUUUUCAGCCUGUAUAUUUGUUGUUCAUAAUAAUAACACAUGGGUAGGCAAACUAAGGCCCAGAGGCCGGAUCCAGCCCAAUUGCCUUCUAAAUCCGGCCCGCGGACGCUCCGGAAAUCAGCGUGUUUUUACAUGAGUAGAUUGAGUCCUUUUAUUUAAAAUGAACCUCUGGGUGAUUUGUGGGGCCUGCCUGGUGUUUUUACAUAAGCAGAAUGUGUGCUUUUAUUUAAAAUGCAUCUCUGGGUUAUUUGUGGGGCAUAGGAAUUUGUUCAUUUUCCCCCGAAUAUAUAUAUAUAUAUAUAUAUAUAUAUAUAGUCCGGCUCCCCACAAGAUCUGAGGGACAGUGGACUGGCCCCCUGCUGAAAAAAUUUGCUGACCCCUGUAAUAACACAAUACCUUGGGAGGGGAGAGUAUUUGUUUAUUUAUUAUUUAAAAUGUUUGUAUGCUGCCCUUGUGUAAGCAAAUUCCCAAAUAUUUCACAAUAACAUUAAAAUGGUAAAACGCAGUGGAACUCAGUGGCCAAAGAUGAACACAAUAGUAUCAGGAAGGAAAAUGAGAAAAAGCGCUUUUUAAAAAUCUGAUCAGUUUUAAUGACACAAGUGGGACCUGCAACAAAAUGUGGCUUUUCAAAGUGUUCCCGUUCAUGACUUUAGCCAGCGAAAAAAACCUCCCCAGAUACUCCAUUUCCUUUUCCUCCACCACCUCACAAUACUCACUUGGCAUUCCAUGUCAGGGGCUGGGCUAGAUCAGAAGAUUGGGGAAUGCAGUCGCGGGAAAAGCAGCUCCAGGAGACAGGCAGACACAGAAGCUGCUCAGCUGAGAGAGGUGCUACUCAGCUAUGAGAUAGUAGCUAAGCAACCAGAAGGGAGGGAGCAGCUGGGCGAUACAUCAAUCAAGAGUGGAGGAGAACCCCCUCCCUCCCCCUGAACUUGGAGGUCCGAGUGUGUCAGAGAACAAAGAAGACAUGGGGGGAGAGGAACUUCCCAUUGGAACGCUUCUUGCUGCAGAAGUGGGGAGGAGUCAGAGUAGGCAACUAAUAUCCUUACGGAGGGUUGCCUAUUUGUGCUUGUAACAGAAUGCUGUAAUAAAAAGACUAUAAAUCUACCAAAUGCUCGUUAAUUCUUAUCGGUGAGCCACCGGAAGGGAGACAGGGAACUCCCGUACUUGACGUUUCGUGACCAUUGCUUAAUCUUCAUUGAGCUUUGUCUGGGGUACCAAUCCUCUCCAGUCCCCAUUGAUUGGUUGUGUGGGACCCCAUCCCCAUCCCCUCAAAUAUUUUAUUCAAGUUGCCAACCCAGCUCUCCCCCACAGACUUAUGAGAGAAUGCUUUCAUAUUUCUUUGAUAAUGCUUUUCUACUUCCGUUAUUCCUUGGGUUGUACCCAGUAGUUGUGCAUGCAGGAGAUAGCUUGCGCAAUCAGUUUUAUCCUUCCCCCCCCCUCCUCCUCUCAGCUCCAGAGGUUGGGCCCCUCUGUGUGGGCUUUGUUAUACGGGGCUUCAGUUGUAGAGGAGAAUCUGCUACAAUUAGCUGGUGAACCUUGCCCAAAGAUCUGCUGGUCUAAGAUUCCUCCGUCCAAUAUCAGAUUUCCUGUGAGAAUAGGAUAUUUUGUGCUCUUUUUUGAAUUAUUCUUUUACCCGAUAGGGUGAUGCAGAGCGUAUUUGUGGAGCGGAUAAACUCUGGAGUGGAGCAACACCAGUCUGCAGAAGUAAGCUAUGCAUUAAUUUUAUUAUAUGUCAGGCUUAAUUUGAACAUGACUUCCCCUCCUCCCCAGGGUGCAAUAUUGGAAUAUGUUAUGUUGCUUUUGCCAGUGUAGCUCAGUUGCUUUCAAAUUUCAUUUGAAAUGCAUCUGACCCUUACUUUGAAUGCAGAGUCUGUUUGGGUCCUUUGCAGAGAUUCUGAGAUGCUCCCCCCCCCACACACACACAUUUUCCUAGUAAUUAAACAUCUGCAAACUCAUCCAUAUCAGCAAAGUAAACAAAGCUAAGUGCAGUCGUACCUUGGAUCUCAAACACCUUGCAAGUCUAAAGUUUUGGCUCCUGAACGCCGCAAACCUAGAAGGGAGUGUUCCGGUUUGCAAACGUUCUUUGAAACCCAAACGUCCAACACGAGUUCCGCAGGUUCCAAUUGGCUGCAGGAGCUUCCUGCAGCCAAUUGGAAGCCGCGCCUUAGUUUCCAAACAUUUUGGAAGUUGAACAGACUUCCGGAAGAGAUUCCGUUCAACUUCCAAGGUACCACUGUACAGUGGUGCCUCGCAAGACGAAAAGAAUCCGUUCCGCGAGUCUCUUCGUCUUGCGGGUUUUUUCGUCUUGCGAAGCAAGCCCAUUAGCGGUUUAGCGGAUUAGCGCUACAGUAUUAGUGGCUUAGCGGGCUUAGCGGUUCAGCUGAUAAGCGGCUUAGCGAUCAGCUGUUAAGCGGCUUAACGAUCAGCUGAUAAGCGGCUUAGCGAUCAGCUGUUAAGCGGCUUAACGAUCAGCUGAUAAGCGGCUUAGCGAUCAGCUGUUAAGCGACUUAGCCGAUCAGCUGAUAAGCGGUUUAGCGGCUUGGGAAAAGGGGGGGAGGAAAAAAACCCCGCAGGAACUCGCAAGACAUUUUCGUCUUGCGAAGCAAGCACAUAGGAAAUUCGUUUUGCGAAGCACCUCCAAAACGGAAAACCCUUUCGUCUAGCGGGUUUUCCGUCUUGCGAGGCAUUCGUCUUGCGGGGCACCACUGUACUGUGUGUGCACGCUUUACUGAAAAGAUCACCUGUGUGUUUUCAUUCAGAGAUAUCCUGUGGGCCCCCUGAACCAAUAGAUAAUGGAUCCAUUAUCGGCAAAGAUUUUGUGCUUGGAGAUGAAGUUCUCUACAACUGCGAUCAGGGAUUUGAGCUACAGGGGCCAGCUCGAAGGAUUUGCCAUGUUAACAAGAAGUGGAGCCCCUCGGCCCCUACGUGUGUGAGUAAGUAAAUAUCAGUGUCAGUUGACAAAAGUUCUUCAAGUGAGAGGUAUACCACAUUAGGUAAAUUUCAGUAGAAACGCAAAGCCUUCUCCUUCCUGUAGUUGCCACAGGCAAAGCUAUGUUGGUGGUCAUGUAACAAGGGAGAGGAAAGAAUGGGUGUCUUAGUUUCCCCCCCAGAAUUUUUUUAUUAGUCCUUUUAAUCUUUAUUUUUUUUUAAUUACAUACUGUACAUAUACAUACUGCAUUACAUUUUACAUUUAUAUUUGCUCCUAGGAGCUGACUUCCCUCCUUCUUUCUUCUGCCUUUUUUAUAUCGUCUCUAAAUUUUUCACAUUUUCCUUAUGCGUUUUUUAUAUUGUUAUUCUUCCACAUUUGUCUAUAAAAUAUCUGUAAACAAAUAAAUCCUUCUAUACAUAUGAUUCUUGUUGUCUGUCUAUUUUCAUUUACACCUACUGUUUAUUACAUUGGUCACCUUGUAUAUUUUACUUCUUAUUGUUAUUAUUGUCCAAUAAAAUUUUAUUGGACAAUUUUAUUGUUUUAUUUGUCCUAGUGUUAUAUUUAUUGUUUAUUGAAGCCAUGAAUUGCCCUUCUUCCAAAAGGGAGCCCAGAGCAAUGCACAACAAUAAAAACAACAAAACCCACUGGUAGGUAAAACACAUAUGUGUACCAAAAAACCUGUAUCAGAAACCAAAAUCAUUUUUUAAAAAAACCUAGAAUCACCUGAACAUAAGAUGAGCCACACUGGACCUGUCAUUGGCCAUCACUGCCUCCCAUGGAAGUAAAUUCCAUGUUGUGUGUAGAAACGUGUUUCCUUCUUUCUGUCUUGAAUCUUCAUAGCUUUAUUCAAUGUUCCCCAAGUUCUAGUGUUAUAAAAGAGGAAGGAAAACCUCCCUGUGUCCACUUUCCCUACAGAACCAUUUGCUGCUGUUAGGCAUUAGACCAUGACCUGGUUUGCACAACACAGUAAAACUGUUAAGUUGUGGGUAAACAUAUCAGACGACACAGCGAUUCUUCAAACAGCUCUUGUUUAUUCACAGGCCAGAACAGAACUGAACUGAAGGGUUCAGCCAGCCUGCUUAUAUAGAGCUCCACUAGAACGUAACUGUAACAACUUUCUGUAACUAUCCAAUCACUGAAUGUCACUUUCGAUCCCUUAUUUGCAUAUGUGGACCUGAACUAUCUACAAUAUCCCCCUGCUGGCCCAGGGUGAGAACUUCAGUACAUAACAAAAAUGAACUAUGACUUACUGGGACUGUAAGAACACGUGGUCUCUCAGAGAGGGCUUCCACACCAUGCUAAGCCAAGCCAAGGUUUUGCUUACCAUAUCGUUCAAGCCCACGCUCACGAUUAAGCUCUUUCUUCACUGACCACAAGCUUCUUUUCUCUUGCAGGCAUAAGAUGUGAACCACCUCCAAGAGUGGAAAAUGCAUUGCCUGUAGUCAUAGAGAAAACAUACUACAGAAGCAACAUAUCCUUUGUAUGCAAUUUUGGAUAUCACUUGCUUGGACCCGAAAACAUCACCUGCUUGGCCAAUGGAACCUGGAGUAAACCCUUUCCGUCCUGCAAAGGUGAUUUUUGGGUUGUGUUUUGCAUUUGUGAGUGUCCUGCUAGUUUUCUUGUGGCUGGGGACACUGGCGGUCUGUUUAUACACUGUCCUCUUAUGCCAAACGAAUGAGAGGUCCAGAUUGUCUUCACAGAAAUCCACAUCUUCAGAGGGGUGUUGGGGAGCCCUAAUAGACACUCGUUGCUCUUCUGAUGCUUCUCUUGUUAAAACGAUUUGCUGCAAAGAAACAAUUGUCCUAAUUAACUUACCAUUGUUUAGAAACCAGAUGUGAAGAUCCGGAAUUCAUUGAGAAUGGGAAUGCUCUCUAUGAAAACAACACAGUUGGCAGCAGGGCUGCGUAUUAUUGCAACCGAGGGUACAGCUUAGAAGGGGAGCCCAUUGCAGAGUGCACAGAAGCAGGAACGUGGAGCCAUCCUAUACCUCAGUGCAGACGUAUGUUCAUUUCUCAAUAAUGGAAACUAGCUUUACUUUGUAUCAUGCAAAAGCUGUGAAGUCUGAUUUAAAAAACAAAGUACUUCUGAUUUGGAGUAUGCCUUUUCGCCGUCAGUGAAGUUUAUCAAGGUUUGCCCACCAAAAAUAACUAGCUAUGUUCUACAUUCUCUUGAAAGAAUUCAGCCACAUUAAAAGGGAUGCGGGUGGCGCUGUGGUCUAAACCACUGAGCCUCUUGGGCUUGUUGAUCAGCAGGUCAGUGGUUUGAAUCCCCGCUUCGGAGUGAGCUCCCACUGCUCUGUCCCAGCUCCUGCCAACCUAGCAGUUCAAAAGCACACCAGUGCAAGUAGAUAAAUAGGUACCGCUGUGACGAGAAGGUAAACAGCGUUUCUGUGCGCUCUGGUUUCCGUCACGGUGUCCCGUUGCACCAGAAGCGGUUUAGUCCUGCUGGCCACAUGACCCAGAAAGCUGUCUGCAGGCAAACACCGGCUCCCUCUGCCUGAAGCGAGAUGAGUGCCCCAAUCCCAUAGUCGCCUUUGACUGGACUUAACAAUCCAGGGGUCCUUUACCUUAGCUUCUAUUUACCACAUUAAAGACUACAUAUUUGAAUUUAGGUACAGAUGUUCAGGCUAGGCACCGUAUCAUGUAGUCUAAACUACAUCUAAUCCCCUGCAUUUUAUGGCUCUGAUGUUCCUGAUCAUUGUGGCAUAACCUUUCCACAACCAUCAUUCCAUUCUCCUUAGAAAAGGUUGGAUUUCAUAGUGCAGCAAAGGUGUUUUGAGCCUUCCAGGUAUGUGGUCUGAACCACACAUGAUAACUGAGAGAUCCAUGAGGAUGAUAUUUAUUACCCACGCUUCACCACAAUGUCCCAGGGGCUGUUCACAACAAUGCAAAAUACAAGACUGAAAACAGUUUAAAACAAAUUACAGUCACAACUAGGGUGCUUUUAAAUAGAUCUGAGGAAAAUGUGACUUCCAGACUGUGAGGAUGGCGGCAGAGUAACCAGACAUGUUAAAUUUGACUCCUACAUUUUUCACUUUUAUUGCUUUCAUUGCUAUCUCUGUUUGGUGACUUCCAUGCCACCAUUAGUAGAGAGGGUGAGAUCCAUUUCUUGUUGAUGUAUAUGUAUGGAUAAGUACCACACUGUUACACAUACACUUAAAAUAAUGGACAGAAUGCCUAAAUGAACAGGUUACAGCUUUUGUUGUGGACUAAAUACUGUAUAAAUAAGCCUAUUUUUCAGUGGUAGCAUAAUUUAACUAAGUAAGGAUAUGUCAGGUUUGUUUACUAUCUGCAUUUCCCCCCUCUUCCUACGGUUAACAGCAAAUCCGUGCCCUGUGCCAUUCAUAAUCCCAGAAAAUGCCCUCCUAUCGGAGACAACUUUUUAUGUCGGGCAAAAGGUAUUUAUCAAAUGCCGAGAGGGCUAUCAGCUUCGAGGGCCAUCUGUCAUAACCUGUAAUUCUGAUGAGGCAUGGACUCCGACUAGAGCUAAAUGUGAAAGUAAGUAAUAUAAUAAUAAUGAAAAGCGACUUUUGUUUUUAUUAAGAAUAGCUUUCAACAUUAAGCUCCUCUCUCCAGUGAAGCUAGAACACAAAACCAAGUCGACAAAGAGAUUUUAUAGGCAAGUCUGCAUUAAUUCACAUUCAGGUAAAAGUGCUGAUUGUCAUAUCAAUCGGUGUCAGUCUGAGAGAGUUGGACAUGCCUUGAAAUCAUGCCUAGUCUUCUGCCUGUGAAAGCUGAGAUUCAUAUUUUGGGUAUUAUGUAAAUGUAAUGGGGGGCAGGGGCGUAGUGUGGGGGUCAGGGGGGCCAUGGCCCCAGGCGCAAGAUUUUGAAAGGGUACAACAAGGCACUCCCAUGUAUGCACCCCCUCACAGCUCUGUGCUGUGCCUGGGGGCCCCCACUUGACCCUGCCCCCAGAGAAUGCAAAUGGAGGGAGGACCCGGUGCUUUGAAGGCCCAAUGAUCUCCUUGGCUGUUGGGGCUUCAAAGUGCCAUGUGUCCUUACGCCAGCUGAUUGACAAGUGGACAGCCCCACCCACCUUUCAGAUUUGGCCAGCAGCUGGGAGGGACCAUAUGGGAAGGUAUAAGGAGCCCCAGCCUGCCAACCAAUUCGGUAUGCAAACAACCAUGUACCUGGAAGUCAGGCAUCCUUGCAUAUCCAUAAAUUCUGAAGUCAAAUGUGAUAUUCAGACUAAUUCCCUCCCAGCUCCCUGAAUAGUCUUUUCAGAGUCAAAUCGUGAUGUGCUUUACCAUUUAAAUCUCAGUUUCGUUGUUGUGUCUCUUUAGAGAUAUCUUGUGGACCACCGGCUCACGUAGCAAAUGCUUUGGUUCGGGGAACGUUUUAUCAGUACGGAGAUGUGGUGACAUACUCGUGCUACAGCGGGUACAUGCUGGAAGGCUCCCUACGAAGCGUUUGUUUAGAGAACGCAACCUGGACAACACCACCAGCCUGUAGAGGUAAAUAGGCCUUUGCCAUAACAGCUGUGCCAGAGGCUCAUCCUGCCACAUUCCCUAGCAAUUGUAUGAUAGCUGCCCUCUAAAAAGAAUUUCCCAGAGGUUUCCCCAGUGUUUACCGCUAAAGAAGCACUGUCGAUAUAAUAUAAUAAUAAACAUUUUAUUAUUUAUACCCCACCCAUCUGCCUGGGUUUCCCCAGCCACUCUGGGAGGUUCCCAACAGAUUAUUAAAAACACCAAACAUUAAAAACUUCCCUAAACAGGGCUACCUUCAGACAUCUUCUAAAAGUCAGAUAGUUGUUUAUUUCCUUGACAUCUGAUGGGAGGGUGUUCCACAGGGCGGGCGCCACCACCAAGAAGGCCCUCUGCCUGGUUCCCGGUAACCUCAAUUCUCACAGUGAGGGAACCGCCAGAAGACCCUCGGAGCUGGACCUCAGUGUCCGGGCUGAACUAUGAGGGUGGAGAUGCUGCUUCUAAUAUGGUCAUGGUUUUGCUGUGCUGAAUUUAGAGACAACAUCUUUCAGGAAACAGGUUUUUAAAUUUAAAGGUUUUUAAAAAACAACAACACACACAUCUUUUUUUAAUCUUUUCUUUUCCUAUUGCCAUUACUGCUGCUUUUAGGUUCUUACUUGGUUGUCCUCAGUUGCUUUUGAUGUAAGUUGCUUUGGGUCACUCUGUGAGAAAACAUAAUGAAAAAUAAUGAACAUAAUAAUUAAAAUGGGGAGGUGGAGGACCAUAAAUGCCACCUUGAGGUAAUAAUGAUAAAGGUAGCAAUAAUAGAAUAAACUCCUCCCUCAGUUUAGCUGCGGGGCUUCUCAAACUGGGAGGUGUGGAGUUGCCACCACCCAACCCCCAACAGAUAUCUAGGUUAAAUACAAAGCAGCACGCUAUCCGACAUCAUCGUUCUUAAGGUUUGCUCUGCCCUGCCUUGCAGAAUUGGCUGGCAGGGUGUUGGCAAAUAACACACAGCCUGGUGCUGUGAUGUUACCACUUGUCUUCCACUGGACGUUGCAAGGGAGGUGGAAUGAAGAUGUAUCUGUUUCACAUUUCCCAUAAAACUAUCCCAGUUUUGUCAGGACAGUUCUGGAAAUCACCAUUACAUUUCGGCUCUGUGUUUCUCAAACAUUGGGGGCGUGGGGUGAACUUCCAGAAUUCUGUUUCCUUCCCUCCCACCCCAACCCCAACCAUCCCAUGCCAACCACCGGCUUGGCUAGUGAGUGCGUGGGUAUUCUUGGAUGUGGGUGGCGCUGUGGUCUAAACCACUGAGCCUCUUGGGCUUGCUGAUCAGAAGCUCAGUGGUUCAAAUCCCUGCAAUAGGGUGAGUUCCUGUUGCUCUGUCCCAGCUCCUGCCAACCUAGCAGUUCGAAAGCAUGCCAGUGCAAGUAGAUAAAUAGGUAUCACUGUGGCGGGAAAGUAAACAGCAUUUCUGUGCGCUCUGGUUUCCGUCACGGUGUUCCAUUGUGCCAGAAGCAGUUUAGUCCUGCUGGCCACAUGUCCCAGAAAGCUGUCUGUGGACAAAUGCUGGCUCUCUCGGCCCAAAAGCGAGAUGAGCGCCGCACCCCAUAGUCGUCUUUGACUGGACUUAACCAUCCAGGGGUCCUUUACCUUUACCUUUUUUACAGCAAGGACAAGCAAGGAUGGCACUGGUGUAAAUUUUGUGUCUACAUAUGACAGUCUUAUGCUGACCUGCACGUUGCCCUAAUCCAGCUGCAUGCAGCAAUUUGAGAGGAUGUGGGAUUAUCCGUCCCCAGCAAACAUUGAGCAUCUACAAAAAGAAAUAACAACCGGCUUUAUUGUAUGCAACUCUUUAAUCUAUUAAAUAUCGUGCAUUAUUCAUCCUCGCCUUUCUACCCAAAAAAUGAGUAAUAGAAAAAAAGGACCAAAGGCAGAAAGGGUCCUGUGUUCUCCUGAUUCAUGUCCCAGAGAGAUUUUUUAAACAGAGAGAAAGGAAGAAGUGUAUUAUAAAUAAUGCAGACUAUUUGCAUUGCAAAAAGACCUCCAGCCCCUAAUCCUUUGAAGGGCCUACAUCAGAAGCAGCAUGAAAGCAGUCAGCAUCAAUGACUCACGUGAACCCUGUAGGGCUUUAGCACCAAUAAAUAGUAUUAAGAAAUGCCCCAGGUCUGCAAAAUCAAUACAUUCUAACCCAAUUAAUGACAUAUUAAUUAAUACGAGUCUUACAAAUAAAAAUGCAGUGUGAGUACUUUAAGCUGGGACCGUUUCUGAACAGAUUACAUGUCAUAUUCUGGCAACUCUGGAGUUGUCCAGUGGAUUCAUGACAGUAAGACUCAGUGUGACUCGGAGUAACCUCAAGGGAAAAACCAAUACAGUACUCAGCAGCUCACUCCCAGUUGUAGACCCCACUCAAGAAAGUGCAGAAUAUAUUACUCACAACAAAAAUCAUAGUAUUCUACAUACUUAGUAGAUCUGUAUUAGUAUUUAAGUAACGUGAAGAGACAAAAUGAUGUAACCCCCUGCGACAGGUUUUCUGGGUAUUGUGAGUGUGACACAGUGCUCAAAUUCGUUCCACGUUAGACGCUGUGCUUCACAUGGGUUUGAUAAGAGGGACUUGCCGAUCAAAAGGUUGGCGGUUCAAAUCCCCGCAACGGGGUGAGCUCCCAUUGCUCGGUCCCUGCUCCUGCCCACCUAAGCAGUUCGAAAGCACUUCAAAGUGCAAGUAGAUAAAUAGGUACCGCUCUGGAGGGAAGGUAAAUGGCAUUUCCGUGUGCUGUUCUGGUUCGCCAGAAGCGGCUUAGUCAUGCUGGCCACAUGACCCGGAAGCUGUAUGCCGGCUCCCUCGGCCAAUAAAGCGAGAUGAGCGCCGCAACCCCAGAGUCGGCCAUGACUGGAACUAAUGGUCAGGGGUCCCUUUACCUUUACUCAGACCACCAUGUGGCCCAAUAUGUUGUCAGAUCAGUUUUAAUUGCUGCAAUCUGAUGACAGGGAGGAGAUGAUGGAUGGGGUCCAGCCCCUACAUGUAUUCCCCACUCUUGUCCUUCUUGGCUAAUAAAAGCAAGCUGAAGAGUCAGUUGACUGCGUGGGUCUAGGGGGUGAUUUCAUGCCUUGACGCGAAAGGGGUGAUUUAAAAGAGGCAGUGGUUCAUCCCCUCAAGAGGAGAUCUCUGGACCCAGAAAUAUCUGUCAAUUACCAGUUGCUAAUAUCUCCUUCUUUGGUAAGGUGUUUGGGAAGGUCGUGGCAUGACAGCUUCAGGUGUGCUUGGAAAGAAUCGGUCAUCUAGUCCCAUUGCAAGUCCAGCUUCUGGUUUGAGACACAAACUGCCUUGGUCACCCUAGUCCAUUGGUCUUGGUUGGGAGAGAACUCAGAGGAGUGUGCCCCUGUUGAUUCUCCUGGACUGCUUUCAGAAUUUAGGAGCUGGGUGCAUUGCUUUGUAGCGGUUCCGCUCUCAAUCUCCGAGAGCAGUUUCAGAAAGCAGCAUUGAGUGGCUUCUUCACCCCAUGGGAGCUGUUCUGUGGGGUUCUGCAGGGAUCAUUCUUGUUGCCCAUGCUGUUUCGUAUUUGCGUACGAAGUCACUGCAGGAGCAGCCACUUUGAUUUGGAGCGAAGUGCCGUCAAUAGGCUGUUGACGCCCAGCUCUCUUCCACCAAUAUCAAGGGAGGAAGUUCCUGAAGCCAGUAAUUGGGUGGAUGUGGACCUGUAAAUUGAAACUGGAUCCAGAUGACAGAGGUUCACCUGGCUGUGUGGGUCCCAGGUCUAGAAUAUUUUAUUUUAUUUAUUUUUUUUAUUUUAUUAACCUACUGAAAAAGAUUGAAGUAGGUCAAACAUUGAAUCCACUAGAGGGCAGCAGUGCAUUUGCAUGUUCUUCUGUAUAAAUAUUUAUAGCAUGCUUCAGCAAAUGCAAGACCAAUAUUACCUCCAGUGAAGAAGUCAAUGUGGUGCUUUCCUGAUGCUGUUAGGCUCCCAGCAUGGCUUAAGUCCAGGGAUGACAAGAGUUGUAGUUCAGCAACACCUGGAAUGCACCUGUUGGUGACAGCUGGGUAGAGUGUUGGACUAAGGCCUAGGAUGUGGGAAUGUUAAGGAUAGUAGGAAAGGAUAUAUUGAAUAAGUAUUAUCCUACCUUCACUCACACUAGUGGAUGGUGUAGCAUUGCAGAUUCCCCUCAAUAUCGCAGGAAGCUAGUUUGCAGAUUCGUUUGAAUCUCUUUAGUUAAGCAAUCCAAUCUGGCUUGCCCAGAUGGAUUAUUCCCGGUGUCCCCUUUUAUCCCUCUUAAAAGAAUAAAGACACAAGAGUAACAAGAAGUUUACUCACAUAUCAGUUCAAGAUUUGAUCCCUGAAAGGCAGGCUUUGCUUAGUAGUUACGGUACAUAACAAUCUGUGAGUUCAUCUCACAUGGAGAUUGAGCUCAUGUGCUGCUAGCUGAGAGCCAGCAGACAGCAAAAUUACAUUAAGAGAUCAAAAUGGCAGCAAAAGAGCAGCAAGCAAGCGAGAGAAGACAAGACUGAGAAAAUGGCUGUGUGACUUGGCUCUUUUAUGGAGUCAGCCCAUCUCCCAGAUCACAUGCAGGGGGAGAAUGCUCCAGACCAGUGGAACAGGAAGUUACACUGACUGGAUGUCCCCCUGCCUGUGCCCACUCUAGGGAAAUAAGGAGUGUUGCAUUUGAUAGUUCCAAUGGAUGACAUCCCACAUAGGAGACCAAAGUAUAAAUCAACCACUCAGCCACGGAACUCACUGGCUGACCUGGGACAGUCACCUUCUCUCUGGCAAGCCUACCUUACAGGGCUGUCAGGUUGAUAAAAUGGGGAAAGGAAAACAAACUGUGCCACUUUGAGCUCCUUGCAGGAAAUACGAGGUCUAACUGUAGGAAAUAAAUAAAAUAUUAUUCCCGUGUUGCAGGUGGGGGCUCAGGCUGACAGGGUGACCUGACAAAAUUAAUUCAGUGGCUGAAGGCUACUAAUUAAGGUGCUCAUCCAGUAUGCUGUACAGUGGUACCUCGGGUUACAGACGCUUCAGGUUACAGACUCCGCUAACCCAGAAAUAGUACCUCAAGUUAAGAACUUUGCUUCAGGAUGAGAACAGAAAUCAUGCUCCAGUGGUGCGGAGGCAGCAGCAGGAGGCCCCAUUAGCUAACCUGGUACCUCAGGUUAAGAACAGUUUCAGGUUAAGAACAGACCUCCAGAACAAAUUAGGUACCACUGUACCCGAUAAUCCUUGCAAGUAAGGAAACCUACUUUGCCUAGAAACCACCUACUGCCAAGAAUGUUUGGAAUGUGUCUGUUCUGUAGUCAUCCUCUGCUUUCACUGUCCCACGUUCUCUAACCUGAUGCCGCUCCCCUUUCCAGCUAUUUGCCGGUUCCCGUGUCAGAAUGGCGGCAUCUGUGAGAGACCAAAUGUGUGUUCUUGCCCAGAUGGAUGGAUGGGGCGUCUCUGUGAAGAGCGUACGUACCUUUAUUAUUUUUUUAAAAAAUUAGGUGUGUGCUACCCACCUUAAGCACCUGAAAUUACAGCCGUACCUUGAAAGUCAAACAGCUUAGUUCCUGAAUGUUUUGGCUCCCAAACGUUGCAAACCUGGAAGUGACUGUUCCGGUUUGGGAACUAUUUUUGGAAGCCGAACAUCCGACGGGGCUUCUGUGGCUUCCGAUUGGCUUCAGGAGCUUCCUGCAGCCAAUCAGAAGCCACGAUUUGGUUUUCGAAUGUUUUGGAAGUCGAACGGACUUCCAGAACGGGUUCUGUUUUACUUCCAAGCUCGACUUCUUCUUUCUUUGGCGAUCACUCGUAGCCGAGUAAGAUUGUAUUCCAUAACCACAGUUUUAACAAUGAGUCCAUAAGUGACUGUGGAGGCCAAUUCUGGAUCCACACGUCUUUCCACAGUGGGGACAUAGGUUUCCGGGCAGGAGUUGAUCACGGUGAGGGUUUGCCAAUCGUGCCUUCCUCGUAGCACAUUUCUCCCUUGUGUCCUGAGUUCGAGUGUCUUCAAAGCCCAUGACACCUUUGGAAAAGGCUGUUCUCCAAUUGGAGCACUUGUUUCCCAAUUGUUGGUGUAUACUACGUUUUUAAAGAUUUGCCUUGAGAGAGUCUUUAAACCUCUUCUGUUGACCACCAGCAUUACGCUUUCCAUUUUUAAGUUCAGAAUAGAGUAGUUGCUUUGGAAGACGAUAAUCAUACGACUGUAUGCAUCCCAAGUUUCCAUCCACAUUACUGGCAUUUUCAGUGCUUGUCAGAAUCGGUCCAGAAAUAGUGAAAAGUUAAAUCUUCCACAGAGAAGUUUGGACUCCCUCACUAUCCUGUAUCACGAUUGGUUCAUGCCAAUCAUGCAUCCCUCAGCGAUGGUCAUCUAUCUGCAGCAAAACGCUAGAAAUAACCAAUCUCUGAUGAAAUACUGAAGCCACAGUCCUAUCAGCAUGCUUAGCUUGGAAAUAACCCCCCUUUGAACCCUGUGGGACGUACGCCUAAGUAGAUAUUGCACUGGACUGCGCUGUAAUAGUAGCAAAUGUAAUAAAAUAUAGUCACAAAAGUUCUUCCUUCUCCGCACCCGGCAAGUUCAGAUUGUUUGAGAAUUGCAGAGCAGUGGCGUAAAUAUUACAAGGAGCAUCCAGUGCACAUCAUCUUCGUUUCCUAGCAUUUUUUGUAACCAGGUGAACGGAUUAUACAGAAAAGAUAAAGAGAGUCUAAACAACUCCGAGCCCAAAUUUGCACUUCAGAGAGCAAAAACCUAGCAGACAGUUAAAAGAGAACCAGGUCAGGUGCAUUUGGUGCUCCAGCUGCCAAAGCAAAUGGAAAUGACACUGUCUUGUCGGAGCCCUUUCUUUUAAAAGGGUUCGUCCUACAUUGUACGGGAAAUGCAAUGGGUGGUAUUGUGCUACGUUUUGCUCAGAGAAGAUCCUCUGAAAUUAAUGAACAUGACCAACUGGUUCUGCUAGCAGAAGCCCACAUAAGGAUUUCCACUAGUGCAAUGCCCCCAGUGUCAGAUUUACGUAUAAGCUAAACAAGCUGCAGCUUAGGGCCCCACUCUCUUUGGGGGGGGGGGCAAAAAAUUUAAAGGAAAAAAACCUGUGGAUGUACAUUUCCAAAAUAUAAGAUAAAAACAAAUAAAAUAAAACCUACAUACAGCAGCAGUGUUUUGUGUUGUGUAGGCUCCUAUGUUGUAAGUCAUGGACCCCGCCUGCUAGCCGGCUCCCUAAAAUAUUACUGGUUUGCUCAUUUCUAUAUACAGGGUGCCUACAUUCUGCAUGGACUGGUGGCAUGGCAACAUGGGCAAAUGGCUUUAGAGACCUGUUAGGUCCAUAAAUUGCCAUAUAGCAUAUAUUCAACACAAAAAAACAGUGACAAAUUGUUGAUGACAAAGGACAGCUGGAUAUAUAAAGGGCCCCAUUACCUUCAGUAGAUUAGGGCCUCAUCAAACCUAAAUCCGGCCCUGAAUGCCCCCCCCUCCCUUGCCUCUCUCCCCCAUACCACCACAAUGGUCUACGGGAGUCAGGAGAACACCUGGAACAGUGCAAGGGAUGGUAGGAAGAGAGGAGAUCUUUCCAACAAGCAAGAGGUAACACUUGCACUGAUGGAACAUUUGCAAAAGCAAGUCACCAAAAUCCUCUGUAAUUUAGGUUCAUUCAUUUCUAUAGGUUUGCUGCCAACCUGUCUUUCCCCCCUGUACAGACAAAUAUAUAUGCCUUCAUUCCCACUGUUUAAAUUAACAUAUUUACAUUUACAAAGCAAUUAUAAAUAUUGAGAAGCUGUUUGGUGUUUGAAAUCCAAACAAAGCAGGGAAAUUUCUUCCAACUUGUAUACUCUAUGCUGAUCACAAAACUUAACCUUUUCUAAUGAUAGUUUCUAAAGCAGUAUUCUAGGUCUGCCUGCCCCCCCCCUUUAUGCUUGAACAGAUCACUCAGAGGUGGAGCAGACACACAGCUCUGGCCUUGCAUUUGACAUGUCGCCGCUUGUUUCCUUACCUUAGUGUCGGCAGCAAUGCUAAACCGAGACUCCCAACACUUAGGGACUGCUUUUGUGCUCUUGGUCAUUGUGAUCUGCCACCUCAAUUCACUUUUCAACUCUCUUUUGUAAGAAAAGGAAUGGACAGCUGUCUAGAUCCAUCAAAGUUCAUGUUUUCUUUUCUUUUUUUCCCAUUUGGCUUGGAAUGGUAGUAACAUCCUAUGGGGGAGGCUUAAGAAUGCCUUAUCUAAUGUCAUCGCAGUUUGUAAAGGAUCUAAUGUCGAGGAUGCUGCCAACCGCUGAUAUUUCAUGUGCCUCUUAACUCAAAAAAAGAGUUAAAGGUUGCUGUUGAAAGUGCAGUUGGGAAUUGUAUAAAGACAAUGUGAUUUAACAGAGUAAGCUAGGGGAAAACAUUUGCGAAAACAUAUUUUUAAAAAACUUGGGCAUUUUAAAAAAAAUUAUUUUUGUUUUUAUUUUGCUUUAAACUUUAACUUUAAACAAAUACAGAUAAAUAUAAACAACCAAAAUUACAAAAGAAAAAUCCUCGAUGACAAUAAUAAUGGAAAAGGCUUUUAAAAACCUACAAAAAAUAUCAAAGUACAUGACAUAGAACAUAAGCCAUUAUGGGAAAGAAAAAAGAAAGAGGAAAGGAGAAGGAAGAAAAAAGGGGGGGGAUGAGCAAAAACACAAGAAGGCUCGUCUAUUGUACGCUUCCGUCAAGGUCACAACAGAUCAUUAUUCUUAUCAGUUCUCUCUAUCUGCAUUCCAUAGAAUCCCUCAUCUUGGUAUCAGGGAACAUUUCCCUAUGCGGUAUCAUUCUAAACAUAACCAGGUCUUUAUUGAUGAACCCUUAUCCCCUAGAUAAUUACCGUAUUUUUCGCUCCAUAAGGCGCACCGGACCAUAAGGCGCACUUAGUUUUUAGAGGGGGAAAUCAAGGGGGGAAAUCUUAUUUCCGCCCCCCCCCAGCCCCAAAGGGCAAAGAAGCCAAGACAGCGAGCGGGAUCCAUCCUCUUUAGCGGCGCGCAACCUCUCCAGCUGGGAGAGGCUGCGCGUGGCUAUGGCAAUACCCCCACCUCCCACAAAAGCCCACAGGAACUGCGCACCCUUUAAGGAGCGCGUGGCUCCUGCGGGCUUUUCUACAAGGAGGGAGAAGGGACUGACUGGCCGCGUCAGUCCCUUCUCCCUCCUGGGGCAAAGCCCACAAGAGCUGCGCGGAGCUUGUGUGUGGCUCUUGGGAGCUUUUCCUGCCUGCCUCCCCCCUGCAUUCGCUCCAUAAGACGCACACACAUUUCCCCUUACCUUUUAGGAGGGAAAAAGCGCGUCUUAUGGAGCGAAAAAUACGGUAUGUUUAAAUAAGCUUGGGCAUUUUAGUUCAAUCAUUCCACUUUAUGAAAGUGGUUUUUCUGGUCCUAAUAUUGAUACAUUUAUUUUCUCUGGUACUCCCCCCCCCCCCAUCUUCUCUUUAGCAAUCUGCAUCCUGCAUUGCCUGAAUGGAGGUCGCUGUGUGGCUCCUUACCAGUGUGACUGCCAAGCAGGGUGGACCGGAUCCCGUUGCCAUCAGGGUAAACCUGUCUCACUUUGUGCCUCCCGCUAUCUAACAGCAACAUCUGUUAUGCUGGUCUGUAAUUGUUCCUGGGAAGCUUUGAGGGACAAUGUCAUAAUCUUAUCAUUGCACGCCACCCCAGUCUACUGAGACCUCAGGGGUUCCAGGCACCGAGGAGUCUGUGGUGUCUUUAUGAUAUAUGGCUUAUUUACACACAUAUGCAACCUGAAGCUUUCAAUGAAGGGACUCACGGCAGCAGCACCCCAAAAGUCACCAGCUUAUUCCAUGAUUGCAGCGUCAGCAUCCAUUCUCUGCAGUCUUCCUUGCUCUGAAAGCACAUCCCAGCUCACCUUCUCUGCUUCCUGGUUACAUCACUCCCUAAACUAAGCCCUCAUUAUCUACAGGGGGUGGGGCUCCAAUUAUUUACAUACCAACACCUUUUUCCUUGAAUGCUUUGAAUUUCUGGUGGUUCACCCCAGGCAGAGACAUCUCAAAAGAAGUUUCAUCGACACUUGUUGAUUUGGCUAGGCUUGCCAAGUCCAAAACACCAACCCAGGAAAUGUGCCUCAGCUAAUUAGCUUUGACAUACAUGCUAAUUAUCGAGGCUUAGAAUACAUGCUAUGCUUCCUUAGGAUCUAAGCCUUGGAUAGACCUACACAUAAGCUUAAUUAAACAUAUUACAUUACGUUGUAAAUAAGUGUUUUUCUUAACUGGUCUUGCAAUGAGAGUUUUCCAGCAAGGAUGUUUCCACAAACACUCAUAGCAGUGUUAACGUUCACAUAGACCAUUUAGCUAUAAAAUCUACAUACAAUAUUUCCCAGUUGUUUUGUUUUUUUUUUAAAGUGGGUGGAGCUGUGGUCUCAACCACUGAGCCUCUUGGGCUUGCCGAUCAGAAGGUCAGCAGUUCGAAUCCCCGCAACUGGGUGAGCUCCUGUUGCUCUGCCCCAGCUCCUGCCAACCUAGCAGUUCGAAAGCACACCGGUGCAAGUAGAUAAAUAGGUACCGCUCUGGCGGGAAGGUAAACGGUGUUUCCGUGCGCUCUGGCUUCCAGACAGGAUGUUAGUAUUUCACGCCACCGUUGCUGCAGAUGAGAUUGGUGUAAAUCACAUCUGCAGCAACGGAGGCAUGAAAUACUAACAGGAGUUUGGAUUUGAUAUCCCGCUUUAUCACUACCCUAAGGAGUCUCAAAGCGGCUAACAAUCUCCUUUCCCUUCCUCCCCCACAACAAACACUCUGUGAGGUGAGUGAGGCUGAGAGACUUCAAAGAAGUGUGACUGGCCCAAGGUCACCCAGCAGCUGCAUGUGGAGGAGCAGGGAAGCGAACCUGGUUCCCCAGAUUACGAGACUCCCGCUCUUAACCACUACACCACACUGGCUCCAGAAGUGGUUUAGUCAUGCUGGCCACAUGACCUGGAAAAUCUGUCUGUGGACAAAUGCUGGCUCCCUCGGCCUGAAGAGAGAUGAGUGCCUCAACCCAAUAAUAAUAAUAAUAAUAAUAAUAAUAAUAAUAAUAAUAACAACAACAACAACAACAACAACAACAAUAAUUUAUUUGUACUCCGCCCAUCUGACUGGGUCUCCCCAGCCACUCCUGGCGGCUUCCAACAAAGAUUAAAAACGCAUCAAAAUGUCACACAUUAAAAACUUCCCUGAACAGGGCUGCCUUCAGAUGUCUUCUAAAUGUCAGGUAGUUGUUUAUCUCUUUGACAUCCGAUAGGAUGUCACAUUUGAUAUAGUCACCUUUGACUGGACUUAACCGUCCAGGGGUCCUUUACCUUAACCUUUUACCUCAGGUCAGUGUGGUCCAACUUUUCAUACGAAGUGGGCUGCAAAAGUACUUUGACACAGAACCCAGGGAGGGGCACACACUGCCUUGUGGGGGUGGUGGAGCCCUCAUGCUGCUUUCUACCCAAAGCUGGCUAAGUGAGGCACUGGGAACUCUAGGAAGGAGAUGUGUGGGCCCUCUGGGUCCUAGAGCCCUCCUACCUCCUUCCCAAAACUGGGAAAUCACUAACUAAGCUUCGGGAAGGAGGUAGGAGGAUGUGAGGAUCCUAUCAGAGCCCUCGCACCUCCUUCCCCAAACCGAGCACCUUGCUUACAUGGCUUUGGGAAGGCAGCGUGAGGGCCGGUGGGGGCAUCAAAUGCCCCGAGGGCCGCCUAAAAUGCCUUGAUAGCCACCCUUUGGACUCCACCCCUGGUUUAGGUGCACACUUGAAGUAACUUUAAGCAUACUUUUAAAAUGUAAAUGUGUGUGGCAAGCUCACGAGGGUCGCAGUUGAAUGUAUUUGCCUUCCGUUUCCAAACCUGUAAUAUUCAAGGCAUCCAUUAUGUAUUGUCUUGAGAGGAUUGCGCCAAUGUUUUUUUAAAAAUAAACUCCUUAAAUAGGACUUCCAGUUCGUCUUGGGCUGCAGCCAUAUGAGGUGUAAGCCCCGAGGGAAAACAGUUGGACUUCUAAGUAAACAGCCAUAGGAUUGCACUCUCAGUUAUUUGUUCCUAUCAAACCUAGUCUUUGUGUCUCAGAUUUAACAGGAAAUGCUAGGGUUUUAUCUCUCUGCCCAUUUUCCGGGUAAUUAAAUAGCUAGCACAGUGAAACUACUAUAGCUAUCACAUGGCUAUUUGGGCACUUUUCCUACUGAGUAAGAUUAGUUCCUUAAUUAUUUGUCCCUUAUAGUUCAGCUACAGGCUGUUCCUUUUAGUAUAACAGCUUCCACAGAGAUUCUGCCCCUUUUCCCACUUUACAUCCAUGUCCAGUUAUCAACAAACAGAGAAGUCCUUAUCAAAUCAUUGCAUUUUUCAACUAUUUGUUUUCUGUACCUUUCUCUCUUUUUUUGGUUUUUCUUUCCAUUCCCUGUUUUCUGGGUUAUAAGAACUGAGAUGGAUUCCGUGCAUGCAGGUUAAGAGAAUUGGUUUAAAAUGUAUGUUUCUGGAAACAAAAAACAACAAAUGACUUUUGCUGUCAUGAUCCCUUCAUGUCUGUCAAUGGAAACAGGCACAUAAAAAGGUAAAGGGACCCCUGACCAUGAGGUCCAGUCGCGGACGACUCUGGGGUUGCGGCGCUCAUCUCACUUUACUGGCCGAGGGAGCCAGCGUACAGCUUCCGGGUCAUGUGGCCAGCAUGACUAAGCCACUUCUGGCAAACCAGAGCAGCGCACAGAAAAGCCAUUUACCUUCCCGCUGGAGCGGUACCUAUUUAUCUACUUCACUUUGACGUGCUUUUGAACUGCUAGGUGGGCAGGAGCAGGGACCGAGCAACGGGAGCUCACCCCAUCGCGGGGAUUCGAACCACCAACCUUCUGAUCGGCAAGCCCUAGGCUCUGUGGUUUAGACCACAGUGCCACCCACGUCCCUCCCUUUAAUCUGCACCCGUCACAAAAAGUUUGCACCAUAGAGAAAUAAGCCCUAUUUUGCAUGUACAAAUUCAUCCUCAGUUGUAAGCGUAUGUGUAAAUAUUUUCUGUUCUCAAGGAACGAAAAUCGGAUGACACUGCAGGGAGCUCUGAUAGAAACCUCCCUGAAGUUUGUCGUGAUUCGUGCCUUCCUUUUCUGAAGAAAGGGUUUGGGGGAACAGCGGGUGGGUGAUUCCUUCUCUUUUUUUCAGCAGCCAAAAUAAGAAAAAGCCAAUGCAUAUGAAAAAGCAAAGCAGUGCAGAGAAAGGCUGAGGCCUAUGGCAAUGAAGGAAAUGUACAUAUGGGAAGGAAGGCGUAGGAAUUCCUUCCUACGGCAGAGCUAUGAAGGGCAAACUGUCCGCUUCCACUAGCCACUGAAAGUUUCUCCCUAGACCUCCAUUUGUUUUGCCUCCACAUGAACAGAACAAAAACCCCUGGAGUUUUCAAAACUGAUGUACAGAAUCCUUCCAUUUGUUUAUUAUUAUUUUUAAAAGACACACCUGCUUGCAUUUUCAUGGCAAGCCAUGCAGUUAAACUGGCUGAAAACUUGUUCAGUUGGAAACGGUUAUGUGUAAGCAGUUACAGUGGUAUCUCGGGUUAAGUACUUAAUUUGUUCCGGAGGUCCGUUCUUAACCUGAAACUGUUCUUAACCUGAAGCACCACUUUAGCUAAUGAGGCCUCCUGCUGCUGCCGUGCCGCUGGAGCACAAUUUCUGUUCUCAUCCUGAAGCAAAGUUCUUAACCCGAGGUACUAUUUCUGGGUUAACGGAGCCUGUAACCUGAAGCGUAUGUAACCUGAGGUACCACUUUAUACAGGCCACUAUGUAAACUGGGACGGCUAGCCUGCGUCUCCCCCUCCCAGAUGUUGUUGGGACUACAACACCCAUCGUCCAGUGUGGCCCUUCAACAUCUAGAAGGCCCAUGGGUUAGCAACCCGUGAUGCAAACAAAUGCUAAUGUGGAUCUGUGGUCUUCUAAUACAGCUGUCUGCCAGUCUCCAUGCUUAAAUGGUGGGAAAUGCGUACGACCGGAUCGGUGCCAUUGCCCGUCACCUUGGACUGGACACGACUGCUCUAGGUAUGUAUGUAGAUUCCCCUGCGGCUUGAUGGAGGUAGAAACUGUCUCUCAUGUCUUGUUACGCUGCCAUUUCUACAGGGAUAUACGCUCUGUAUUUAUCACUCCUGUUCUACAAAAAUCUCCAAAUGGGUCCGAACUUCAAAGUCUAAAACUCCUGGUAGAGGACAAGGAUCCAGAGAUCACGCUAAGGGUGGCCAAAUUCUGUGCGACGGCCAUAAAACUUAGGGAACAAGCUGUACUACCAAAAUGAUUAAGGUUAAUUUUAGGUUAUAUUUUAGUGAUCAAGAUUUAAUAUAUAUUUUUAACUGCAGCUAUAUCUGAAUUGCCUCUGUCAUACCCAAUUGCAAUUCAAUGUAUUCCUGUUGUGUUUUGUGAUUUUCCUGAUAUAGUAAGUGAGCCAGAACUGGUCUGUGACCGUAAUAAUAAGAUUCAAUUCAAUUCAAUGUAUGUAGUUUUGGUUUAAGAGUUUCGUCCCAAAUUCUGGCCUCUCUGUACACACAACCACUUACAACAGGUCUGGAGAAGGUAGAAUCAUUUGUUGUUGUUGUUUAGUCAUUUAGUCAUGUCCGACUCUUCGUGGCCCCAUGGACCAAAGCAUCCUAGAAUUGUUGAGUUGGAAGGGACCCCAUGGGUCAUUGAUUCCAAGCCCCUGCAAUGCAGGAAUCUCACCUAAAGCAUCCAGGACAGAUGGCCAUCCAACCUCUGCUUGGAAACCUCCAAGGAAGGAGAGUCCACAGCCUCCCAAGGAAGCUGAAUGCGGCCCCCUGGACCUCUUUCUUUGACCCUUGGAGCUCCUCCCCAGCCUCACUUCCAGGCCCAACACCUUGCUCACCCUAUUUUGCACUGGCUCCCAAUUAGUUUCUGCGCCCAAUUCAAAGUGCUGGUUUUGACCUAUAAAGCCUUAAACGGCUCAGGACUGCAAUACCUCAAGGACCGCCUCUUUCCAUAUGAACCUACCCAAACCCUGAGAUCACCUUCUGAGGCCCUUCUUCCUGUGCCUCCUCCUUGAGAGGUCCGAAGGGUGGCAACACGAGAACGGGGCCUUCUCUGCAGUGGCUCCCCAUUUUGUGGAAUGCUCUCCCCAGGGAAGUUCUCCUGAUGCCUUCAUUACACACCUUUAGGUGGUAGGCAAAAAUGUUCCUUUUUAACCAGGCCUUUGGUUGAUCUGUUUGACAUCCUAUACCCUUUUCAAAUGUGGCUCUUUUUUGGGGGGGUGGGGCUUUAUUGGGUUGUUUUUAUUCUGAUUAUAUAUGUUGUGAUUUUUUCUGUGAACUGCCCUGAGACCUCCAGGUGUUGGGCGGUAUAUAAACUAUCAUCAUCAUCAUCAGGGCAGACGUCUUCCUGAUGCAGCACACCCUGCUUUGUGUAAUGAUCUGUAGUGAAUAAUUAACCUGUUUUUCCCCUCUUGUUCCAUGUGUGCUAAUCUAGGAAAAGGAAAUCUGGAUUCCACCACUUUUAA